ACGGGGCCGGGGAAGCCAUGCUCGACAACAGCAGCGCGCUAGGGCUGAGGGGGGAGGAGGAGGCCCGUUAGUCGGCAGUGGGGCCCGGCCGCCCUCCCCCGGGGUCGCCUCGCAUCCCCCGCCCGGCCCCGCAGUGAGGGGAAGGCGGGAAGGAGCCUCCUGCGCGGCCCGGCGGAUCUAGGCCCAGCGGCCGCCUGGCGCUUCUGGCGGCGCGUCGCGCGCGUUGCUAUGGGAACGGGGCCUGGUCGACCACGGCCCGCCUAGGCUCCUUCGAGGAGCGGUGAGGCGGCCGCGAGCCCUCGAAUGAGGAUGGAGGGGGAAGAAACCGGACCCUGCAAACAUGCUGCAAGCUAGGAGGUAACUAGCCGGCCGGAUUCUCCCUCCUUUUAUAUACUGUACAGUGAGUAUAUAUUUAAUUUUUAUUGCAUUUUCUGUUUUAAAAUUUAAAGUACUCAUUUUUACAUCCUUAAAAUAUCCAUGACUCCCCUUCUCUUUCCAUGGUUCAUUUUACAUAUCUUAUAUCCUUGCAUAUUUUACAAAAAACAGUGCUUUUUAAAAAUAUAUACCGUAUUUUUCGCCCCAUAGGACGCACCGCCCCGUAGGACGCACCUAAUUUUUUUUGGGGGGGGAAUAAAGAAAAAAAAAUUUUCCAUCCCCAGGCACGGGGCAGGAGCGGGGGAAGCCCGAGCUUCCCCCGACCCCAGCCCCCAGAACAGCCUUCUAUCCGCAAGCCUAGGGAACCAAGCCGGUCUCCCCAGGCUUGUGGAGAGGUGCGCGAAGCCCGGGCGCGCUCUUCAGCGUGCACCAGGCUUCGGAAUGCAGGCAGCUCUGCGCUACUCUCCGGAGCCCUGCGCGGCUUCGCGGCGGGAUCGGGAGGGUGGCGCGGAGCUGCAGGAAGCCCUGGAGCGCAGGCAGCUCCGCGCCACCCUCCGGAGCCCCGCGCGCUUGGCGCCGGGGUCCGGAGGGUGGCGCGGAGCUGCAAGAAGCCCUGGAGCGCAGGCAGCUCUGCGCCAUCCUCCGGAGCCCCGCGCGGGUUCGCGCCGGGAUCCGGAGGGUGGCGCGGAGCUGCAAGAAGCCCUGGAGCGCAGGCAACUCCGCGCUACCCUCCGGAGCCCCGCGCGGCUUCGUGCCGGGAUCGGGAGGGUGGCGCGGAGCUGCAGGAAGCCCGGGAAAGCCUGCAUUCGCCCCAUAGGACGCACACACAUUUCCCCUUCAUUUUUGGAGGGGAAAAAGUGCGUCCUAUAGAGCGAAAAAUACGGUAUAUAAAUGUUUAGGGGUACUCUCAUUUUGACUCAAGAAAGUCACCAUUUUAUAGUUCAAAUCGGGAAUAAUAAACACAGUAAAUGGACAAAAGUACAAGGAUUCACAAAAUGUCUAGGGGCAUGCUUACCCCUUCACUGACCAAAACUAUACCCAUCUGUUUUCCAUUAUUACAUCCAUCAAAACUUAUUUACACUGUUGAAUUUAUCUUAACGCUGCCAGCGUUUCCAGCUGUAUACAAUAAUUUCCUAUAUAUUCAAUAAAGGUUUUCCAAUCUUCUCUAAACGUAUUAUUGAUUAUUAUCUCCCUCCUGGCUCUACACAGCCUGCAAAAUAGCUGUGCCCUUUUAAAAUGUGGCUCUUUUUUGGGGGGGGGGUUUACUGGGUGGUUGUUUUUAUUUUGAUUAUAUAUAUUGUGGUUUUUAUGUUGAUCUUUUCUGUGAACCGCCCCAAGACCUCCGGGUAUAGGGUGGUAUAUAAAUUCAAUUAAUAAUAAUAAUCUAUUGAGUUUAGUUAGAUUUACUUCUAAAUAGACAUAGAGAGGAUUGCACUGUUAAGUCCCCUGUCGUCGUCCCCUGUCCCCCAGUGAAUUUUAGCACCCUGAGGAGUCAAGUGUGGGUUUCCUGAACGGCACUACGCUUGCCUUCAAUUACAAUCUCACUAAUUAAUGGAGAAGGGAUUUUAAUCUGCAGAUUUAUAUGCAAGUUAAUUAAGCCACCAGUUAUACAGAUUAAAGCUGGCAGCCUUAAUCAAUGCAGACAUAACUUUAAGAUGCACAGAUCGAUUACACAGCUUCCCAGUGUGGGAAAUAAAGUUGCAAAACUAAGCAAAUUGCUUGGGAAUUCGUAUUGAAGACAUUGGGAUUUGUUUCCAAUGCGGGCUAAAAUUCAAAUGCUGCACGCCUGUGCAAACUUUAUUCCUUGCAACUGGGAGGUGGGAUGUUUAGCUAGGCUGAAAAAGAAAUGUGUUCCUGGAAUUGGGUGUGUUAAGUGCAUUUUAAUUUUUGCAACAAACUUCUGGCCACCUUCAAAAGAAGACAGCAGCGGGGCAGCGGAAGAGAGAGCCAGGUCUCAAGGGCCAAAGUGAAGAAGCCCCAUCUCCCCUUUCCCUGCUUGGCCUGCCCCUGCUGCAAAGAAAGGAGCUUUACAAGAGGCUCUGGGAUGUGUAGUUGCACAAGGAAUCAUGGGACCAUAGAAUUGUAGAGUUGGAAUGGAUACGAGGCUCAUCUAGUCCAACCCCCCCAUGCUCUACCGACUGAGCUAUCCCAGCAUAAGAGUGUUGGUGGGGGAAAAUUGAAAACAUAUAUGUAAUCGAAAUCGGAAAUAUAUAUAUAUAUAAUUUUUAUUAAAUUUUCUGUCAUACAAUUUAAAAUACUCAUUUUACAUCCAGAUAUCAUCGAUUUACUUCCUUCUCUUUCCAUGGUUCAUUUUAUAUAUCAUAAAUACCUGCAUAUUUUACAAAAACUAUACCAUUCAGUAUUCCCUUAUUGCAUCCAUCAAAACUUAAUUACACUGUUGAAUUUAUUUUAAUGCCGCCAGCGUCUUCAGCUGUACACAAUUAUUUUCCAUAUAUUCAAUAAACUUUUUCGAAUCUUCUUUAAAUGUAUGUUCUUCUUCUUCUCUUAUUCUAUAUGUUAAGUCUACAAGUUGUGCAUAUUCCGUCAACUUGAGUUGCCAAUCUUCUUUGGUUGGGACCUCGCUCCUUUUCCAUUUUGGGGCCAAUAAAACAUGGGCCGCAGUGGUAGCAUGCAUAUAACCUUUUUUAUGAAAUCGAAAAUCUGUUGCUGCUCCUUUCCAGUAGUAGUAACUGGUGCUAUCCCAGCAGUCACUCAGCUCCACAGCAAGAGCUCAGAGACAUGCAUGCACUAUUGCUAAGCAGCCACAACCACACCCCCUCCUCUGUCCUGGGGAUUCUCUUAGCUUGUGCCCAGGCAGUGUCCUUCAAUCUCCGCUUGCUGAAUCAUGCCUCCUCCAGUAAAAGACGGUGGGUGGGUUGCAUUGCAGCCUCGCUUGCACAGCCUCCACCCCCUGCUUGUCCCCAAGGGGAUUGGAUUCCCCCUCUCUUCUUUGCAUGCAUCCCAACCCAACUGGCUGCUUCUCUGGACUCAUUUCUCUUCCCCGCCUCUUCGCCAAGGCUAAUCCCAUUAUCUGCAAGAGGGAAGAAACAUGGAGAUGAGAGGGUUGCUUGGCAUUGUCAGCAGUGUGGCUGAGUGGCCCUGCUGGCAAGAGGAUCUCAAUGCAGAACAAUAACAAAUGUAUCCUCAUCACAAGCAAAUGCAGGAGAAUCCCCGGCCGGAAGUGCAGGAUCCGACUGCUAAUGUGGUAAAAAGCAAUUAGAAUCAGAGAAUUGUAGAGUUGGAAGAGACUGCGAGGGUCAACGAGUCCAACCCCCACACUGCAGGAUCUCAACUAAGCAUCCAUGGCAGAUGGCCAUAUAACCUCUGCUUUAAAACCUCCAAGGAAGGAGAGCCCACCGCCUUCCAAGAGAGUUUGUUCCAUUGUCAAAGACCUCUUACUCUCAGAAAGUUCUUCCUGAUGUUUAGUCUCCUUUCUUGUAACUUGAAACUAUUAGUUCAGGUCCUGCCCACCAGAGCAGGAAAAAACAAGAUUGAUCCAUCCUCCAUCUUACAGCCCUUUAUAUAUGUACAGUAGCUUUCAUAUACUGUAUUUUUCUGUAUAUUAGACACCCCCAUGUAUAGGACGCCCCCUAUUUUGGGGGACUUCAAAUGAAGAAAAAUGGGGGGAAAUCACCCUGACUUGUUGAAAAAAAAAUUUGGGGGGAGGAGGAUUACCCAGAGGCUAACAGCCAUGCGCGUCUAAGAGGCUGCCUAUCAGCUGUUCCCUCGCUGGCAAUCACUGAGCUUGGGGGGGGGGGAGAGUGGUGAAGAUUUUUUUUCAAUUACUUUUAGCACUUUUCACCUUUCCCACGGGUCCUCCAUAUUCUGCUUGCCUCCUCCCACUCUGCCCACCAUACAGCUGGGAGGGAGGCUGUAGGCAGUCCGUUUUUGCCGUGCGGUGUCUUCGCGCGGCUCCAUUUGUGCAUGGGCGGCACAAUGUUACACAGGAGGAGUGCAAGGCGCGAUGUUUCACUCAAGUUAAAGGCGCAAUCACUGCACUCCUCCUGUGUAAUGUUGCGCUGCCCGCGCACAAGUGGAGCCGCGUGAAGACGCCGCACGGCAAAAAUGGACUGCCUACAGCCUCCCUCCUAGCUGUAGGGCGGGCAGAGUGAGAGGAGGCAAGCAGACUACGGAGGCCCCACGGCUCGUCACUGCCAGAAACUGUGAUUGCUAGAGCAAGUACCAUAUUUAUUUAUAUAUUUAAUUGCUAUAUUCCAUGGAUAAGACGCCCCACAUUUUUCAACCUAAAAAAUUGGGUAAAAAAACCUUGUCUUACAGGUGAAAAAAUACGGUACAUCUCCUCUGAGUCCUCUUUUCCAGGGUAUACAUACCCAACUCCCUCGGCUGUUCCUCAUAAGGCUUGGUUUCCAGACCCUAUAUCAUCUUGGUCACCCUUCUCUGCACACAUUCCAGCUUGUCAACAUCCCUCUUAAAUUGUGAUGCCCAGAGCUGGACACAUUAUUCCAGGUUUGGUCUCUGACCAAGGCAGAAUAGAGCAGGUUUCUUGCUUCCCUUGAUCUGGACACUAUACUUCUGUUGAUGCAGCCUAGCAUAGCAUUAGCUUUUUUUUUGCUACCGCAUCAUACUGUUGACUCAUAUUAAGCUUGUGGUCUGCUAUGACUCCUAGAUCCUUUUCACAUGGACUACUGGCAAAAGGAUCUAGAGUUCCAUGUGUAUCAGCCGGAGCAACGCUGGACCCAAAGGCUGCAAUUCUAUGCACAGUUCUGAGUGCUUUCUUUCCCAUUAACUUCAGUGGGGUAUCUGUGUGCCUAACACAGGUCUCCCCAGGCACUGUUGAACUACAGCUCCCAUCAUCCCAGGGCAUUUGCCUCGCUGGCAGGGGCUGAUGGAGGUUGGAGUCCAAAAAUGUUCAGAAGGGUCGCAGGUUCUCCAUCCUGGAAAUUGCAAUUAAAAGGAGAGACGGGUGGUAGGUACAUUUGCCAGCUGUGGAAGUUUAAAAACAUCCCCCAACACAACUCUGAAUUUUGGAUGGUUCCCAAGUUGCUUGUGGUUGCAGGUGUGUAUGGAAUAAAACCAUCUAUGGUCAUAGGAGGCUGCCUUGUGCAAAGGCAAACCACCUGACUCACCCCAGUCUACUGACAGCAGCUUUUUAGAUUCAGACAGGGAUUUUUAGCAUCAAUACCUGGGGAUGCUGGGACUGAAUUUGGGACCCUCUGCGGGCAGAUAGAGUGGUCCAUUCCAUUAAAUGCCAGUGACUGCUAUACUGAUUAUUUUUCAAAACUCAGGGAGAAGGGACAAGAUUAUCCCUCCACUACAUUAGUGAUAAUAAGUUAAAAAUGCUAGUGGCAAGAAUUAGGUUUAUUUGUUGUCUGUAUAAGCUCACAGAAAGCCUAGAGGUAGUGUUUUGUUUUGCUAGUUUACAUAGUUACACUACAGGAAUUAUUAUUAUUUUUAAGUGGCAUGUAUACUAAUAUAACAUGGAAUGUUACUGUACACAUUAUUUUGGUACUACUGUUUUUUAAAAACAAAACUAAUCUAAAUAAUCCAACUUUUUUGUUUCUUUAGGUAAGUAGAGAAUAUUGGCUAUAGUAUUGCAACAUCACAUAAAUGCAACAUCACAAAAAAUGACGAGGCUGUGUUCAGCCAAAAGCAGCCAUUCAUAAGUUAGUACUGUACACCAAUGCCUGUAAUACACAUACCUAUAUUUAUUAGAAUAAUUUUAGUGGCCUCUAGUGGGUGUUUGUGGCAUUUUUUAUUUUUUACAUUUAAAGCACCUAAACUCAUAGAGGACAUUUCUUGCUGCCAGGUCACUAUCAGCCUACCAGGUUACUUCUCCUUUUUAAGUGCUUACCUCCAGGGAGUUGGUAAAGAGGCGAGUAGAGGAGAUAUGAUAGCCAUUGUCAAAUAUCUUAAGGGCUGUCAGCCACAUGGAAGAUGGAGCAAGCUCGUCUUCUCCUGCUCCGGAGGAUAAGACCCGAACCAAUGGCUUCCAGGUACAGGAAAGGAGAUUCCAAAUCAGGGAUCAGCAAACUUUUUCAGCAGGUAGCCGGUCCACUGUCCCUCAGACCUUGUGGGGGGCCGGGCUAUAUUUUGAAAAAAAUUAAUGAACGAAUUCCUAUGCACCACAAAUAACCCAGAGAUGCAUUUUAAAUAAAAGGACACAUUCUACUCAUGUAAAACAUGCUGAUUCCCGGACAGUCUGCGGGCUGGAUUUAGAAGGCAAUUGGGCCGCAUCCAGCCCCCGGGCCUUAGUUUGCCUACCAAUGUUCCAAAUCAACAUCAGCAGCGGUGACAACUUGAAUAAAAUAUGGGGGGGGGGGGAGGCCAGGAAAACCCCACCCCACAUAAUCGAUCACAAGACAUCACACACACACCCCUAUUUGAAUGGCAAUGCCCAUCAACUUGGGGGUGGGGGUGGGCAAAUAUUUUAUUGUGGGGGAGUUGGCUCCUAUGAACAUCAGGAAGAACCUUUUGACUGUGGAACAAACUCCCAUGAGAGGUCAUGGACUCAGAGGUGAACUUUGGGCUCUCAAACUUCAGCUGCACCCUGUGUGAUGCUACAUUCAGUGACACACACACACACCCGCCUCUUGCACUCGGUUCCACAUAAUUGUUGCGGCUCCCCCUGUGACACCGGCACCCGGUGCAGCCAAAUGCCCUAAAACAGUCUCUGACGGGCUCUCCUUCACUGGAGGCUUUUAAGCAGAGGCUGGCUGACCCCCUGACAUGUAUGAUCCAGCAGAGAUUCCUGUAUUGCAGAGGGUUGGACUAGAUGACCUUUGGGGUCCCUUCCAACUCUACAAUUUUAGGAUUCUGUGUCCUUGCGGGGGGGGGGGGAGAGAUCAGUGUAACUCGAAAGCGCGCAUUUGCCUCUUCAGCAGAACUUCGGAAACCAAUUCUGUCUUUUUAAAAAAAGUCAUCCGAAACAAGACCAAUCGCGAAGUUGGCAACAGGUAAACUCGGUGCUGAAAGUGAGGGCACGAAGUGAGGGCGGCAGCGGGCUUCGGUUUCCCUUAACGCGCAUGCUCAAGCCAACCGGGGGCGGGGACUUUUGACAGUUCGCUUCUCCUGCCCUCCACGUUCCCCUUUGCGAGGGGGCGGGGCAGGCGCCAGCGCGGCCAAUCGGCGGCUCCCACGACCCACCCCGUGGAACCUGGCUCGGAAUGUUGAGAGUUCCAGAGUUCCGAAGUGAACUUCUCGGCGGGUCGGGCGGCGCACGUGGGGACGGAGCGGCUCCGCAGGCAUGGUGUCUCCCCGGGCUUACUCGAGCAGGCUGGGCUCGGCGCUGCCCUUGCUUCUGGUCCUGUGGGACCUGCACUACCAGGGUGAGCAGGAAGCGCUCGCUGCUGCGGGACUGGGGUGGGCAAGCCCGGGCGUUUGCUUAACCGGGAAGUAGGGCGGUUAAUUACCAGGAGGAAAGUUAAGCGAGUUGUUUUAUUUUUCAGAGGUGGGGAAACAGUGGCAAUAUAUGAGGUGCUGCAAUUUAGGGCGUUUCGACUUUCCCCACUUCCAAAUCGGGUGCUAAAAAGGUGGUCACAGCGCUUGGGAAUCCAAAAGGUGUUUUGGCUAAAUUAGUAUGAUUCAGAUGUGCUUGGUAAGUAGAAAGUGUGUAAAAUAGCACUGAAACCAUAGAAUUGUACAGCUGAAAGGUACCCUAAGGAUCAUCUAGCCCAACUUAUUGCAAAAUGCAGCUGUCCCAUAUCUUGAUGGAACUCGCAAACUUGGGGUUAUCAGCACCAUGCUCAACUAGUCGAGCUAUCCAGGUAUGCUCAGAAAUGACUGCCAAGUACUUGCAGUUGUAUUGUAUGUUGUUAUUAUUAUUAUUAAGGUAAAAUUAAAACUACUUGGUUUUCUGAAAGCAGUUUACGUGCUUUAACAUAGACUUACCAAGCUAAAUAUUGCCCAGCCACAAAAAUAAUAGCAGAUUUGAAGUCCUCACACCCAGAAACGUGUUUUGAAGACCUCUCACUGAAGAAAUUGGCAAAAAUUAAGUUUCACCCCCUAAAAUGACAGCAAAGCUGGCCUCCUUGGGGUGAGAGGGGGUGGAUAUGUCGGUGAAAUUCCACUUAAUAGUGAACGGCAAAAUGUGAGCUGGCUUUUUGGGCCACUACAGAGUCUAGCGUGGGUUAACGUGUGGAAUAUGGACCUGCUCUUCUGCUGGCUGGUGUCCAAUGGUGGCCCUAGCAGGGCUCAGGAAGGAGCUUGAGUGGUGUAGCAUAGAAAAUAUGUGUGAGGGAUCCUAUUGUGUGUUGUCCGUAAGGGGAGUGACUCAAGUUUUGCCAGUAGUAAUCAUAGCUCUUUGCCAAUUGUUGGAGAGAAGAGAGAUGCAAUGGGAGUCCUGUCUGUGUCUGUUCAAAGAUGAUAAAAGUAUCCUCUAGCAUUUUUCAGACCAGCACUAUACAUAUCUUAUUUCAGUUAUAUUCGGUGAGCCUUGUUCCCUAGCAACUGUUUAGGAUUUCAGUUUAAGAAUAUGGUUUGGGAAGUGUCCAGCUAAAAUCUUGCUUAUUUUCCGGCAUUGCUCAAAUCUCACUGUGAGUGACAUUGGGCAAGCUACACCUCCUUCAGGCUCAGCUGUUCCAACUGUAAAGUGGAGAGGACAUUGUCAUCCUGCCUUAAGUUACAGAACUGUUCUAAUGAUGUAAUAAUGUGUGUGAGGCACAUUGAGCAUGUAGGAAGAUAUAAAAAUUUUAUAUUGUAGUAACACAGCAUUUCCUGUUAGUAAAAAGCUGUUGUUGGUGUAUUGUCCUGAGCUCCUUGGAUAUUAUUAUUAUUAAUUAAAUCUGUAUACUGCCCUUUAUCCAAGGUCACAGGGCAAUUCACAACAUAAUAAUACAAAAUGAGAGCAGGAAAUAUAUAAUGAAACAAAAGCACAGCAAAACCAGUAACCCUGUUCCCACAAACACAUGUACAAGGUCAUAGAAUGUUAUUCAGCCAGAGACGGUUGAAGUGGAAUGUAUUUGCCUGGUGCCUAAAGGUGUAUAAUGAAGGCGCCAGGCAGGUCUCCUUGCGGAGAGCGUUCCACAAACUGGGAGCCACCACAGAAAAGGCCCAUUCUCAUGUUACCACCCUCCAGACAACUCAUGGAGGAGGCACACAAAGAAGGGCCUCAGAAGUUGAUCUCGGGCUCAGUGUAGGUUCAUAUGCAUUUAAUUUGUGAACCAGGCAAUGGCAAAUACUGUGUAAACAAAACUUUCCACAAUCACAACAUCCACAGUAGUUUCGAAGUCCAUCCUUUCUGUGCUUCCUUUAUCCUCACAUGGGUGGCUGUGACCUGGGGUCUAUGGCUAUCAAGGCAGUACGCAUUACAGAUCUGUGCACUUGGUGGUCAGCAUACAUAGGUCAACAUAGUAUCAUACAUAUGUAUGAUACUAUUAUAAUGCAGUCUAUUAAUUGGCUGUGGGGCAUAGCCUGAAGACACAUAAGGUCACCACCUUGCUGAAGCUAAGCAGGUCUUGUCCAUGCCACCUGAGAACCAGUUCUGGUCAGUUGGGUGACCACCCAAGAGCAACAUACAUGCCACCUUGGGUUCCAUGUCAGAAGAAAGAUUCCAUGUCAGGAAAUAAAUAAUCCUAAUAUUCUGAGUUUGCAGGGGCACAUAUGACGAUCACUUGUCUUGUGAUAGGAAUAGAAUUGUGUCUAGUGCUAUUGCUGUGCUUUUCGGCAACCAUUUAACUGUAAGUAAGCUCUGAUGAACCCCCCAUGUAACACUUCCAAAUAGAUAUGCUGAGGAGCAAAGGUAGAUCAACACUAUAUAUUUUUAAAAAUUAAGUUUAAAACACACUCAGCGCAUACUUAAAGCCACAUGGCUUCCCUCAGAGUGUCCUGGGAAAUGUAGUUUGUUAAGGGUGGUGGGAAUUGUGUGUCUCUGUGUGGGAAACUACAGUUCCCAGAUUUCUUUGAAGGAAGCCCUGCGCUUUGAAUGUGCUUUAAAAGCAUCGUGUUCAUCUGCUUCAAGGUAUGAUGCCCCAUCCCUAUGCAUUUAGAAUAAUCACGUGGCACAGCCCUGAUGGAGUGUACCACUUCAGACUGUAGAUGGGAGGAGUUUCCUGCUAUAAUGUUUUUUGGCGUAGAAAACUCCUUGCAUUGGAAAACUUGCACAUCGAGGAGAGAAUUGUGUUACGACUCUCCACCCCACCCCACCCACUGUCUUAGCUUUGUAACUACAGGGAGCUUCUCUGAGACCUAUAGGCUAGGUAGCAGGUAAGCCUGUAGCGCCCUUAGCAUCUAAAGUGGGACAGUCUCAGCAGUACAUGGUUAUUCUGAAUGAAUAAAUUGACUUUACAUUUAGUGGUUGUAUGUGGAAAACUGCAAUCUUGGAGUUUUGUACUUUGUCUUUGAGGGACACACUUGCAUGCAUUUAUAUAUGAUUUCUAGCUAUAUAAAUACUGGCUCUGGUUUCGUAAGAUAAAGUUGAACUCUUUAUAGCUCACUCAUCUCAAGUAAUAAGAGUCUUGUACAGCCUCCAUAGACACUCGCGUAACUUUGCUUUCAGUUUUUCUCUUAAUAACACCCAGAUAACCGCGCUUCAUAUUUUUUGAGGGCAUGCAUGAGGUAAGAAGAGAUUGCGCAGAUAUAAUGUAAUUUGGCCUCCAGAGUUUUUAUUGUCCGUGAUGAUGCGUGAAAUGGGGAAGGAAAUCAUCAUAUUGGCUGUCAGAGCUCAGUGAGUCUGUUGAACAUUUAGAGGGAAAAGUUAUUUGUACUUGAAAAUGGCAACUUUGCUUUGGAAAUCGGUGUAAGACCAAAAAAGGAAGGGGAAUUUUAAAAAAAACCAUAUUCCUUAGUUCCUUCCUUUUCUUUCUAAAUGCAACUAGCUAGAAAGUACACAAAAGUGUAUUUGUUUGUGUUGGUGACCCCAUUGAAAGCACAAAAUGCGCUUGAGGGCAGCAAACUGAAUUAACUUUAUAAAUCUUAUGACUGUUACGUAUUUAAUGAUCUGAGGGAAUUAACUCGUUUUAACUUUGAGAAAAGGAAACAGAAAUUGCAUCAUGGCUUGAUAGAGUAUGCAGAUUUUUAUUCUGUUUUAUUCAUAUUCACGUAUGAUAAUGUUGUGGCGUCAGCUUGGAUGGAGGAAGGAAGCAAAUAAAAUAGUAAAACAAUUCAAUUUCUUUUUUAACGAUAUUAAAUAUUUUUUUUUCUUCAUUCAGGUGCGGAAUGUGGGAUAAACGCAGAAGUCGAAAAACAACUUGAAAUGGGAAAGAAGCUGUUGGCAGCUGGGCAGUUGGCAGAUGCUUUGUCUCACUUCCACGCUGCCAUAGGUGUGUGUCGAAAAGCAGUUGCAUUUCAUUUGAUAGCGUUUGACUUUUGCCAAAUUUUUGUUCUCCUCUCUUUUACCCACAAGUUCACUGUUCAUCUACAAAAACCUUUUCCUCUGUGUACCAUCCCUCUUGCCUAGUAUUUUGAAAAGUAAGCAGCACACCGCUUCCUGUCUUUUUCCUUUUGUUGAGGAUCACUGGUCGAUGUUCUCUAGUAUGUUAUGCCUGCUCUUCUUUUAAUUCCUGGCAAGCUGUGUAUUCAGCUAAGUCUGCAGUAAGGAGUCUUUUCCCUCUCAUCUACAGCUGAAACAAAGACUGUAUACCAGGCAUGUCCAAAGUCUGUUUCGGGGCCUAAUCUGGCCCGCUGGUUGGUUAAUCCUGCCCCUGUGGCAGUCUUAUCUCCUGGGGUAAAAUCCUAAAAAAAGUCAACAACUUUGGUCGGCCCUCACGCAUGUUCACUUCAUCAAAUCUGGCCCUCUUUGAAAAACGUUUGGGCACCCCUGCAAUACCCACAUCUUUAUUUGCACAUUCCCUUCCCUUCUUGCUCUUGCUGUCCUUGUCUUACCAUUUUUCUUCUCCUGCUUUUGUCUCUCUCUCUCUGUCAAAACUGUGAUUGUGAGCUCCAUGAGGCAGGGACCUAGGGGUUUUUUUUGUGGGGGGGGACAUGUGCAUUGAUGGUAGUUUCAAGUAACAGUAAGCCCCACUGAAAUCAACAAGACUUGCUCGCAACAUGUGAUUGUAGUUGGGAAUCAGGGUACACGUGUCAUAAUUUGCAGAUGCAGCUCCAAUUUGAUGUAACAAUCCCAGUUUGACCUACUGUGGUUUAUCAGUCCAAGAAUGAGCCGUGUACCUGCUGCAUUCUUCCUCCUUAAUUCAAGGACCUGGUUUCUGCAAAGUUAGAUCUGACCCUAGUUUUGUAUCCUGGUUUGAGGGAGAAGAAGAGUUUGGAUUUGAUAUCCCGCUUUAUCACUACCCGAAGGAGUCUCAAAGCGGCUAACAUUCUCCUUUCCCUUCCUCCCCCACAACAAACACUCUGUGAGGUGAGUGGGGCUGAGAGACUUCAGAGAAGUGUGACUAGCCCAAGGUCACCCAGCAGCUGCAUGUGGAGGAGUGGAGACGCGAACCCGGUUCACCAGAUUACGAGACUACCGCUCUUAACCACUGCAUCACACUGGCUCAAGGAGCCCUUAAGCCAAAACUUAAAGGUUCAGAAAUCAGGGAAACCAUGGUUAAACAAGGCAUGUGAGGGGAGGAAGGUGCAUGUCGGCACAUAGCUUGUUUUUAGGCUGGUAAACAAUGGUUCAUUGGAAUGCGGUCAUGCGGUCUGAAGCAGGCCUUUGCCUUAGUAGUGGUGACUUUUGAAUUUUCUGUCCAUUAAAUGGGCAUGCUUGGUGGUAAAGUUCUCCUUGGUGCAUUCUUUAGGCUUGGUUAGUCAUGGCAGAUAGAAAAAUGCAGCGUGUAACGACAGUCUAUAUUGUGAAUUGUACAGGACUUAUCCAAAUCUCCCGGAUGUCUGUGGGCUCUGGGUGUUCAGAGUGCGAUUUAGGCCUGCUUAGGGAAAUCCAGGGGGUUAACACACUUGACCCAUAGGCUGGCAUGGGCCAAAACCCGAUAUGGGACCUUCAUCCACAUAUAAGGCAGGAGGAGUGAGUAUGAGGUGUAAGUGGGAGAGGAAUGCUGAACUGUCCCCCAUGUUUUCUCCUUGCCUUUGGUUGCUCCAGCACUUGGUCUCCAUUCAGGACUCUGGUCCUGUAACUUUUAACUGUAUUUCUAUGUGAACGAGAUUGAUGCAAGGAAAGAGAAAUUGCCUGUCUGUCCCUGGGGCACCAGGUUUGGUUCACAGCAAGGGGCUUGCCCGUUUCAGUUGAAUCCUUCUAAAUGGAGAACUGCUUUACAUGUGAAAUUUGCGCUACGCAAAUGUGAUCUCCCAUGUAUGGGAGAGAUCAGGAAAGACUCAAUCCUGCGUGAAUAAUUGCAGAAAAACCCUCCACCACUUGGGUUGUGUUUCAACUUCCCUGCCUUUCUUUGGAGAAAAAUUGUGUAGGUUUGGGCCUGAUAGAUUUUCUCUGCGGCAGGUCAACUAGCAAACAUCAUUGUGGUGAGGAGUGUGACAAAUGUUUUAGGCUCUCCUUGACUUUUUCUACUUUCAGGGCUUCUCUCUCCCUACUCUGCUUUGCCACUUUGACAAGGAUAGCUCCUGAAACGCUGCUGAUAAGCAUUUCCAACCCAUGAAGCUUGGGCUGCACUUUGCAGCGAUUUUUUCUGAAUUGUUCUUAGCUACUAACGUGGUUAAACUUGAGCUCCCAAUUUACCGAGUCGAGGCACCAACAACCAUCCAUUUCGUACGCCGGGAGAUAUCUUCUGGCUCGGAACGCUGAGCUUGCUUUUAUGCAAGCGAUAAGAUGUUUGAGUUCUUUUUAGAUGUAAACAGAUGUUGGGGCUGAUGGAUGGUAUGUGGUAGCUGUGAUCCUGCACCUCUAAUCGCAAAACUUGGAUCUUUGGCAGAGAGUAACAGAUGAGUCUUCGUAGGUGUCUUCCAUUCUAGGUGUUCUCUGCCAAGAAGUGGCAUUUUUUGUAGCGCAUUAAACCUUAAUUUCUUUUCCUGCUACAAGGGAGGUGGCACUUAAUGAUUAAUUUGGGGAACUGAGGAGGCAGUUGGAUUUUCCCUAAUCUGUUACAAAAGCUGUCAUGUGGCUGCAUAACACGAGCUUUCCACAUAAUGUGGCCUCAGGACGUGUUCUUAGAUUUUCUCCACCACCUGUUGAUGACAGACUUCUACCUUACAGCAGGUGUUGGGUAGAAAGGUUAUCAACUAAAGGAAUGGAAUUCAGCAAGACUGAUUCCUGGCACCUCAUAUUGUUGCAAGUUUAGUAUCGGGAGGAUGGGGAGCAUGGGAUAUGGAACAGCAGGAAGCAUUUCCCAGAAAAGCCUGCCUGUUGCCACCACUUUUACAGUUUUCUGGCUUGGUUUGUUGUGCCAGGACAAAAGGGAGCUUCAAAGGGUGUUUAGCUAUCUAGCUUUACCGGUAGUCGAAACAAUAUAAAAUUGAAUAAAAUUAAAAAAUUAAAAAAUUCCUUCCAUUAGAGCCUUAGAGUUAUUGGUUAGUUAGUUAUUGGUAUGAGCUGUCGUGUGCAUGCACACUUCUUCAGAUACCUGUACCAGUAUGAACCCAUGAUUGCUUUUAAAAUAUAUUUAUGGUGGUUGUUUCAUUUGUGUUUUGCGGUUUAUGGUUUAUCUUGUGAUGGGAAAGUCUUAAAAUCUUGUGUGUCCGUCCGUCCGUGUCCCCUACUCAGGCUAUCGGCAUCUCCAUGCUGCUGAAAUGUUGCAUCCAUUAUCUGGGGUCAUGGCUUAAAAAUGUUGCCAAAGGCACAAAUUCAGAGAACACAAAUUGUGAUAAACGGGAGAAGUACUUCAGUAGCAGGAGUAGGGAACCCUUGGCCUUUGAACGUAACUAGAGCGGCUAGGUCCCCCCAGGCCAUUUCUGCCAAGACACACCUACCUGCCCUCUGACCUUUGCAAGGCCUGGCAAUCAGCUGAUCAUUGGUGCUUUGCAGGCUGUGCCUUUGAUUUCAAACCACAGGGGCAAAAAUGAGUCCUAACUAAAUGAGCCUACCUAUCAAACUUAGCCCAUAGGGGGAAGAUAAGGAUCCCUCCAUCUACUGCAUCCAGUUCUGUGGACAAAGGAAACAAUAGUUUAAUUGCAGGGGGGGGGGUAGCUCUCUUUUUUGUCAUGAACCCAUUUUUUAUUUUUUAUUUUUGGAAAGGUGUGCAUGGCCAUGAUUUGGCUCAAGUUGGACAGAGUGGGGACUUGUGGAUUUCAUGAAGCCUCCCCUUAUCCCUCCUGCCCCCUCCCCACAAUUCAAGCAAUGGGGAGAAGUAUCUGGUUUGAAGCACUGAGAAACUCCUCCUUAGGCAGCCUAAGACCUGGGGGCCAGAUCCAGCCCAGUCGCCUUCUGAAUCCAGCCCACAGAUGGUCCAGGAAUCAGCAUGUUUUUACAUGAGUAGAAUGUGUCCUUUUAUUUAAAAUGCAUCUCUGGGUUAUUUGUGGGGCAUAGGAAUUCGUUCAUUCCCCCCCCAAAAAAUAUAGUGUGGCCCCCCACAUGGCCUGAGGGACGGUGGACCGGCCCAUGGCUGAAAAAGGUUGCUGACCCCUGUCCUUAGCAAAGCCUAUACAAUGCAGCAUUCUUGAUGCGAAAGGAAAGUUUUGUACUUCCAUUCAGUCCCAUAGCAUCCUCAUUGUCUGGGAUGGGAAUGAGAAGUUAGGGUUGGCAUGUUUCUGUCCCUGCUGAUUGCUGUAUCAGCAGAAUUAAUGGGGAUUCUUAGAAGAACACGCCACCUCUGAUCUCCAGUGAGAUGGUUAUUUGGCCUUCCGCAAAUGAGAGAUGCGGGAGCCUGCACCAAAAUGUAAAACGGCCUUCGAAAGGCAAGCCUGCAGUUUGAGAUAAAAAGCUUUAGCAUGUAGGGGGCUUGACUUCAUUCCACAGCUGGAAUCCACUUGGAUGCUCACCUCCUGAAGCCCUAAAAAAUAACCAGGAAGCUGAAUGCUCCUAUGUGCGUGGGAUUUUCAUUUUUUCUCCCAUUAGCGUUAAUAGUGCAAAUGUGUGCCGAACGGCUGUCCUAUGGAAACGUUCCCUCCGCUAAUUAAAUGGUGGUAUCAGGCUGCUUAAAAAUUCUGGUAAUGGCACUGUUAUUUCUCCUUAUUGCAUGCUUAGUUGUAUCCAAAGAUUUGGCUGGCUUGAGGCUAUGUUCUGAUUGCUGCUUCUUCACUUGCAGAAGGGGACUCUGAUAACUACCUUGCCUAUUACAGAAGAGCCACAGUAUAUUUAGCCAUGGGCAAAUCUAAAGCUGCCAUUCGUGACUUAAGCAAGGUGGUUGAAUUAAAGCAGGAUUUCACAUCGGUAAGCAAUACUUUCCAGAGACUCCUCCAGGGUGGAUGAAAACGGCUUUUGUCUUUGUUUUUUAUGUUGCCUUUUAAAUGGGAAUCUUUUUUUCUCUCUCUAGUAAGUGGCAUAAUCAAACAGAAAACUUUUUAUUAUCCUGUAACUUGGAGAGGUUAAAUGUAGACUGAAAUUCCAGCAACUGCAGGAUACAAAAUGUGCUUUAGGAAAGAGGGCCACCUUUUCAAAGCGUUAAUUCAGCUUCUUAUGGGAUUGUAAGGUACCCAAUAUUGUGCUGAUAUUUUGAUGCAAAGUAGGAGUGACUACUGACUAUUGAAAUCAAGCCUCCAUAGAUUCUUACAUGCCCUCAGUCAGUUUUUUGAGAUGGAUUCUUCAGUGGUCUCCCGGUCCCCUUUCCUAAAUCACUAGAUCACAAAUUCCUUGCGGGCAGGGAUGUCUAUCAUUUUGCUUAUGUUGUAGAACAAUGUAGAACAUUGUGCACGCUCCUGCUGCAGUUCCCAAAGGUCAACCAUCUUCCCAUGGAACCCUGGGACUUGUAGCUCUCUGAGAGGAACUGGAGUCUCCUAAUGGCUCUCGGCAUCCUUAAGAAACUACAGUUCCCAGAAUCCUUUGGGAGAAGCCAUGACUGUUCAAAGUGGUAUCAUAGGGCUUGAAAUGUGUAGUGCACAUGCAGCCCACAUCUCUUCAGAGGCAAAUUUGGUUGAAUUCAGUGGGGUUAUUUAAAGUGGGGGAAUUAUUGAACAGGAGUGGUAAAUGACAGCCUCCCCAAAGGCUUUGUAAGACUGGGGGUUCUCAGUGGAAAAUGCACCCCCCCCCAGUAACUGACCUGUGCCUCAUAAUACAGAUUCUAUCUUCCUUGGCGAUCUGGACAUUUAGCCUUUGCCCUUUGACUCUUGGUUCUAGCUAGGCAGCUUCCCAAAGAAUUACCUGGGGUGGUGGGAGGGGCAAAGGUACUUCACGGAACAGCAACAAAAUGCUCUAUGCUUUGAAAUAGAAAAUAUGUGUUGAAUGUAUGUGUGCCUACACUUAAGAACUUCAUUCAUUCAUUCAUUUAAUUUUUAUCCCACCUUUCCAAAGAACUGAAGGUGGCAUAAUUGGUUCUCUCUCCUCCUGCAUAGGGUAGCUUGGGAUGAGAAAUAGGGCUACUCAAAGGUCACCCAGGGAUUCCAAUGACUGAGUGGGGAUUGGAGCACAGACUUCCCUUAGUUUUGCACUAGGUAUGUUACACGGUGUCUUCCUGUGUUACAGAACUGUUUCCUUUAUUUUAGGCGAGGCUGCAAAGAGGACACCUGCUACUGAAGCAGGGAAAGUUUGAUGAGGCCGAAGAGGACUUUAAGAGAGUGGUAAGUAAGAAACCUUAAUAAUGGGGUUAUUGAAAUAUGGAACAGCGCCCGUGCUGAAAAAAGGUGGUGCUUUGCACAUAUCCAGUGCAUGUCACACAGGGAAGCUCCUGUGUCACAAUGGCAGAAUAAAUAUUUUUUAAUUUGUGCAGUGCUAGGAAGAAGGGGAAAGUGCAAGACUUCUCUGAGCAUAAAACUGACUAGAUAGGGUACUGAUAUUUCAAUACAUUUCCACAAUGGAAAGGAAAAUGCUAAACUGAAGCAAUAAACUAACAGCACAGUGCGCUUACUCUGAUGUAAACCCCACUGUGUACGAUAUGAUUUGCUCUCUACGCAUAAAUUUUGCAGCUUAACUUUCCAAACCCUUCGUGAAUUUGUCCAAUCUAUUUUUUUUAAGUCAUCUAAGCUAGUAGCCAUCAUGACAUCUUGUGGCUGUAAAUUGUAUGACUUAAAUAUUGUGUGAAGAAGGGCUACUGCAAAUGGUCUCUCCAGAUCUAACACUAGUCAAGUUUCAGUGGAUGAUCCUGAGUUCUAUUCCCUCUCAUAAAUUUCCCUUUCUUCACAACGUACAAUUUCCGUAUGUUUGUUUGCUACGUAGCCAAAUGUAUAUGAAUGGGAAGCAGCCAAAAUGAUUCAAGUUGUUAUAACAUUUCUGGGAUGCUUACGACUGUAAAUCAAAGAUAUUAACAGGAAAAUGGGAUUUUGAAAUCUAAUAGGGUUUGGAGAUUGAGAACUCUAUCCAGAGACAGUUAAAAAUCCUUGGAGACAAGAGAGCCAUGAUUUAAGCAUGACUGACUUGAGGCCAAAGUAUUAAAAAUAUGAAAAACAAACACACACCUCUUUCCCAGCACAAUAAUUUCUACCAUAGUUUUGUUUGCUGGUGAAACAUAGGCAAUGAGUGCUCUCUAUGAUUUUAAACAGUUCUGGAAUUUCCCCCAUCAUGUGCAUGUAGCAUUCUUAAUGUGUUUUGUGCUUUUGAAAAGCCUUUUUUAAGGUUCCAUUGGCGACUGAACUUCGUUUGCAAGGGAAAACUGUGGGUUGUAUCCAUCGGAAUUGUCCUGUUUGUGCAAGGACUUCUGUGUGCACAAUGGGACGGCGGCUCCUUUCUCUGUGUGCCCCACAAUCUGUUCGGGGGGCGGGUUGUUUCCCCAAAUCCUCCUGGAGAGGAAGCCCCAUUGCGCAGAUGGAAGGGCGUGUGCUAAUGGGACAACUUUGUUAGAGACCAUGCCAUUAGUCAGACCCAGGGCUGGUACAAAAUCUGCCUGAUAUGCCUCAUGGUGCCACUGGCCCUGAAUAGCCCUGGGUGUUGGCCCAUUUUAAGGCAUCUUGAUUGGGAGUGACCACCAAUAGACCCCACCUGUCUGUAGGCAAGAGUUUGCAGUGCACACAAACCAUUGGCAAUAUUUAAGCUGGAGCUUCUGGUCUUUCUGUGCCUGUGUAAACGCCUAUUAAAUAUAGCAUCACACUUUCAGAAGAUAUAGAAGCAUGAUUAGUCGCACCAACAGGGUAAAGAACAGCUUCUAUCCGUGGGUUGUUAGGCCGCUGAAUGAAACGAUAACAACAGGGCAACUGACUUUCGGGUUUGGUGGGUGGGUGUCAGUAAACGAGGGGAAUUAAGACUUAAGAGAGCUGAGUGGGGGGUGCUCAUGUAAUCUCACUGUAUACAAGCUGUACAAGUGACAAUAAAGUAUUUCAAUUUCUAGCAUUUGCCUUUUUGCAAAUCAAACCUUUUUUUUAGAAAGGGGAGGCUAUAAACAGAAUAAAUUAUAAGCUUUCCUUGAGAAAGUUAAAGUGGCAUGUUGUGUGAAGCUACAGUGUGGCGUCUUUCAAGCAGAAUUAGUGUGUUGCUUGGAGGAAUAAAUUUAGCCCUCCAGAUGUAAGGAAUUAAAAGCGGGCAGGUGGCUUCAUCAACCAGUUGUGCUGCUAAAGCCAUAAAGUUUGGCUAUGUGGAAGACGGUUUUGUCUUUUAUGUGGUGUGAGGUGGUUCUGCAGAUUACACUUGUAGUUUUUCUAGAUGGCUUCUGGAAUGGAUGAGCUCUUAGUAAAUCCCACCCCUUGUCAACUGGCUUCCGGAGGAAAAUAGGAAGCAGAAAUGUAGAUUUCACAGGGAUUAUCUUUCGUGCCGCACAAUGGAAAUCUUUUAAGUGUUUCUUAUGCUGUGUGGAAUAUAUGCAGCUACAAAGAUUUUAGCACCGUGGUAAUUUGGGUGAAUGUGUGAUCAGUCCCAAGUGGGGGGACUGUGUGUGAAUUGGGCCCUGGUGAGUUUGCCCCCUCUCUGUCUUUUUAAAAUGGCAUUAAUGCGUAUAAUGAAGAGGAGGUCUGGCAGAGGGUGCAUAACAAACAAGAAUUUUAAUAACAAGGGGAUUAUUGGUGACAUAGCGGGGCAGCAUGCUGCUCCUUGCAAUACAAAAUUGAAAUUGAUAGCACAGGGACUGGAAGGUGACUCAGACAAUUCCUAGUGUGGCAGAUUAAGGGAGACACUAGACUAUCAUAUUUCUCAGGAACCAAAAGUGGAAAACUUAUUGUUCAUUUUGUAUUGUUCCACUAGAGGCCAGCAAAGACUAUUAUUGAAGAACAACUUCUUUUGUCAGCUUCUUGUCAGUUGUGUUUUUCUAAUACAGAAUGUCCUGUUAAGUUUUGUAUCCUGCCUAUUUGAUUUAAAUGCUGCGUAGCCAAUAGAAGAGGGCCUUCUGGCGGUUCCCUCAUUGCCAGGUCACAGGAACCAGACAGAGGGCUUUCUCGGUAGUGGUGCUCGCCUUGUGGAACGCCCUCCCAUCAGAUGUCAAGGAAAUAAACAACUAUCUGACUUUUAAAAGACAUCUGAAUGCAGCCCUGUUUAGGGAAGUUUUUAAUAUUUAAUGCUGUAUUGUUUUUAACACUCGAUUGGGAGCCGCCCAGAGUGGCUGGGGACACUCAGCCAGAUGGGCGGGGUAUAAAUAAUAAAUUAUUAUUAUUAUUAUUAUUAUUACAGGCCUUUCUGCUUUAAAUAGGCCAUAGUGUUUCUCUCAAGACAAUGUGAUUCCUAGUUAUUAUAUAUUUACAGUUAUUAUUAUUUUACAAUUAUUAUUUUAGUCAUAGUUCUGAUUUGUUUGCGGGACGGUUAUGCAGCAAUGAACAUUCAUCCUGAUGUGUUUGUGGAGUGUUUACACAUCUCGAUGCAUUUCCCUGUCACUUUCCAAACCAUAAAAAAUUCAUAAAAAAAGAAAAAAUGGUACAGGAUAGCUCAGUUGGUUAGAGCAUGGUGCUGAUAGCACCAAGGUUGCAGGCUCAAUCCCCCUAUGGGACAGCUGCAUAUUUCUGCAUUGCAAGGGGUUCGACUAAAUGAUCCUCAGGGUCCCUUCCAACUCUAUAAUUCUCUGAUUUGUUGCAUUAGGGUGAAAGAGCCCUUUGCGCAAACCUAAAGUCAUGCGAAGUCAAAACCAGAUGGUGCCACCAGAUGGCGCCAGAGAGCAAAAAAAAAUCUUUGCCAUUUUUACAUAGCAUUUUUAAAAUUUUGUUAUGACGAUUCAAUUUCUGACUUAUUUAUAGCGGGUUUUUCCUUUUAUGUAGACCCCCUCCAGAUUAGUGCUGGGAAGGAGAGAGGCAAGAGGGGAACCAACCAGAACUCCCCAGUUGCCCACUCGCUCCUCCUCUGCCUAACAGCUGCUUUGGUGCCAGCCAUGGCAUGUGAUGAUGGGGCUGGAGAGCCUUGCAGCUCCACUCCUGAUGGGUUGCUCGUUUGAUUGCAUUUAUAUCCCAACUUUUUCUUUGGUGUACAUUUAAUCCCCGUAACAACCAUGUGAGGUAGGUUAGACUGAGAGGCAGUGACUGGCCCAAGGGCACCCAGUGUCAGGAGUUCAGCCUACACUCGAGUAGGACCCUGGCAGAGACACAUGCCCGACUGGCAUGUUCUCUCCCUCCUGGUCGAUCGUUCAGGAACUUCAAAAGCUUUCUUCAGCCCGAACAUCACAGCGACUGAUGCCAACCGACACCGGCACACUUAGGCAUCCGCUGUCGGAAUCUCUGCUCGACCGAGCUGAUAAAGCUCAUCCUCCUCCGGCCGAGUCCUCCGGAAUCGCCUCUGACAUGAUUGAUGACCUGAGCCUCUGAUAAGGCUCCAGGCACAUCCUCCAUUCAGCAGAGAAUCAAAGCAGCACGCGGAAGUGAUGAGAUUUAUGGCUACAUGCCUAUGCCUUAUUUUCUAAGCUACGCUGACAGAAAAAAAAUACAUCCUCUCUCUGUGAGAGCAGAGAGCAACUGAAAAACAAAGGAACAGGAAACCAGUAACAUCACAUCCAUCUCCUGUCUUCCGUAAGACUUCCAACAGCCUGGAAGGUCUCUGGAAUGUAAACAGAGUCUUGUGACUCUAAGCAGCUACACAGUGGCAAACAGAAACUAACAUCCACAGAGUCUUCGCAGCUUGCGUAACAGACCUCAGCAACACAGCAUUUUGGCUAAUCUACUUUAUUUACAUAUAAACACACAUGGAGCACUGCAACAUGGCUCCCUCUCUCUCUAGCAUCAGAUAGCAAAGAGAAAAAGAACAAAGGACAAUAGUCCCACUUCACAGAACACAGUAACACAAACAUCCUGUCUCCGUCACUUCCCACUCUAUGGAGUCAAAACAUAUACCGUCAUGUGAUAGACAAAAAUCCCAUGACUGCAAUCAUGGAGCAGGAAUUCUAACACCCAGUGGGGGGGGGGAUUUGAACCCUGAUCUUCCAGGUCCUAGCCUGGCACUCCAACCACUUCACCACAACAUUGGAGUGCCAAACACACGAGCAACCCAUAAGCGGGGCUAAUGGCUGUCAGUUGCCAAGUCUAGGCAGACCAAAUGAUAAACAUACGCGAGAGAACCUGGGGUUAGAGUGCAAUCCUGUGCACACUUACCUGGGACUAAGCUCCAUUGAAUACAGUGUGACUUACCUCUAAGUAAAUGUACAUAGAAUGGCAUGGUGUGGGUGUCGCGUUUGGGUUUAGGUAGAUAUGAAGCCCUGAUUCUCAAAGCAGUUUAAGGAAAGAGAGGGGAAGGAAACCGAACACAAAUCCUAAGUUUUGAAUUUGUUGUUGUUGUUUCUUUUGAAUUAUUUGCUUUGUGUGUGUGAGGUUUUUAAAAAUCUGCUUUCAGAAAUUGAUGAAACGACUUCUAAUGUGCCUGCUGGUGUUUUAUGGAUUGAUUUUUUUUAAAAAAAAUGUUGCACUGUGGGUUAUAAGAUUGGUUAGCUAUGAAAAACUGAUAAAUUACAUGACACCAACCUUAGGAAUAUGCAGGCUAGAAAUGCAAGCUGAUGAAGCUCAGUAUGACAAAUUGUUAAACCCAACACAUGUCGCUGUAUUUUUGGCUUAACAAAGCAAAUAGAUUCAUAAAGCAGAAAUGAGAUGCACACGCAAAUAAUUUUUAAAAGCAGUUUGACCACUUCCAUCUCAUCUAUUUUAUACUGUUGUUAAACUGCUAAUUAAGCUGUACUAAAUGAUUUUUUUUUAUUACCUACAUUAGCUUGCUAUAGGGAGGUCACUGCAGUAUAUUUUUUAUAGCCACAAGUUCUGCUGGCAUCAUUAUUUUUAUGGCUAGAAAGCUUAAGUUGACAAACUUUUGAUGGAUAUUCCCUUUCCUGGUGGUGAUUUCUUAGUAUGACAUUUUCUGUAAAAGGGUAAAUUUCCUGAGAGAGACAGGAGGCCACUAAAAAGCCUACAGACCCAUAAGCGAUGUAAAUAUUAGACCAUUUAUAUUGCAUAGUGACCACGCAGACAAGUGGCGGAUGAUGCAAACUGGAUGUCACUGAUGUGCUGGGAUGUAGGAGCAAAAUCUUUUGUAGCACAAUCUUAUCUCUAAUUGGAAGUAAAUCCCUUCAGUGGGGUUUAAAAGGUAAAGGGACCCCUGACCAUUAGGUCCAGUUGUGACCGACUCUGGGGUUGCGUGCUCAUCUCGCUCUAUAGGCCGAGGGAGCUGGCGUUUGUCCGCAGACAACUUCCAGGUCAUGUGGCCAGCAUGACUAAGCCGCUUCUGGUGAACCAAAGCAGCACACGGAAACGCCGUUUACCUUCCCGCCGGAGCGGUACCUAUUUAUCUACUUGCACUUUGAGGUGCUUUCGAACUGCUAGGUUGGCAGGAGCAGGGACCGAGCAACGGGAGCUCACCCCGUCGCGGGGAUUCGAACCGCCGACCUUCUGAUCGGCAAGUCCUAGGCUCUGUGGUUUAACCCACAGCGCCACCUGCGUCCCUUUCGGUGGGGUUUACUUCCAGGUAAAUGUGCAUAGGACUGUAACUUCAGUGCGUAUGGUCUGAAAAGCUGGUGUUCCCCAGUUCUCCUGUCCCAUAUAAUGGCUUGUUAAUACAUCAGUAUGUCCGGGUUUUUCUGGAUUCUUGUUACCCCACUUCCCCAUGCUUUUCAACCCUAAGGUUACCAGAUUUUUUUCAGUGAAUCCGGGGACACACCGCGAUGGCAGUGGCAGAGGGGUGGCCGCCGCAUUGACCUCACCCGCCACGUUUCCCCUUCCUCUGAGUCUUCUAUCUCCUUUCUCCAUGAGCCUGGGCAGCCACUGAGUUGUUGGUUCUUCGGUGGUGGUGGUGGUGGUGGUGGUGGUGAAGCGGUGUGUGGUGGGUCAUGCAUGGAAGGCGGAGAAGGAGGGCUGAGAGCGGUGGCAAGGCUCAGGCAGCGUGAUGCCUCCCUUCUCAUCGGAGCAGACCCAAUCCCAUUCCUACUUGCGUGCAAGCAGGAGGGGGCAGGGGUCCCUCAGCUGGGAAGCGAGGCUUCACACUGCCUUUCAAAGCAGCCCCAUCCCAACUCCUACUUGCAUGCAAGCAGAAGGGGGCAGGGAUCUCUCAGGCAGUGCGAUGCCUCCCUUCCCAUCAGAGCAGCCCAAAUCCCAUUCCUACUUGCCUGCAAGCAGGAGGGGGUGGGGAUCCCUCAGCUGGGAAGGGAGGCUUCCUGUUGCCUAACUGAGAGAUCCCUGCCCCCUCCUGCUUGCACGCAAGUAGGAGUUGGGAGGCUGCUCCGAUAGGCAGCAUGAAGCCUCCCUUCACAGCUUAGUUGCUGGGGUCAGGGAAGGUGGAGGCAGCCCGGAAGCUGCAUCUUGGAGCCCCUGCACUAAUUUCCCAGGGAUAUUAGAUGAAAUCCGGGGACAUUCCGGGGAUGGAAUUUGUCCGGGGACUUAUUCGCAAAUCCGGGGACUGUCCCCAGGAAACAGGGACAUCUGGUAACCCUAAGCUAGGCAUGUGAUUUAUCCUCUAAAGCAGUGUUCCCCAACCUUGGGCCUCCAGCUGUUUUUGGACUACAACUCCCAUCAUCCCUCGCUAGCAAGACCAGUGGUCAAGGAUGAUGGGAAUUGUAGUCGCCCAAGGUUGGGGAACACUGCUUUAAAGCAGUGCUUCUCAAACUUGGGUCCCCAGCUGUUUUUGGACUACGACUCCCAUCAACCCUGACCGCUGGACCUGCCAGCUAGGGAUGAUGGGAAUUGUAGUCCAACCCAAGUUUGAGAAACACUGCUCUUCAAGAGAGGGAUGGGAAACUUCUGUCUUUCCAGAUGUUGUUGGAUUUCAGUUCCAUCAGCACCAGCCAGCGUUUUCCCCCUGCAAUAUCUACAGGUUAAUACACACCUUAACUUGUUGAAAGACAACUCCCCAAACCCCUAACCAUUUGGCAUGUGGACUAGGGCGGAUGGGAGUUGGAGUUUGAUAGCAUCUGAAGGGCACCAGGUUUCCUAUGAAGAUAUUACAGCUGUUGUUGGAAUGAAACUCAGGAACGUGGCACAUUUGCCUGUUACCAUUUGCGUGACCUCGUCCCCUCCUGUUUCCCAGCCUCAAUACCACUUUUGUGUGUACCUUUCUCUUUUUGUUCCCCUUGGACUCGCGGAUUUCACUAGCGUGGGACGUAAGGAGGAUGUAUGGCCUUGUUUGCUUUCUUGUUAGCGCUCAAGUGUUUCCGUAAUCAUGAUAAAUAUAUUUUCAUAAAUCAAAAGGCUAAAGACGCCUUUUAAGAGUGCGCGUUCCGAACGUGGGGGAACUUAAUCAUCGUUUUAUUAUUUGUUCAAGUGUCAGAUACACCAGGAACGGUUCGGAGACAAAGGUAAACAGGUCCUUCCUUGUGUGCAGAUCUCACGGUCUAAAUGACUGAAGAACUGCAUGUCAGAAAAUAGCAAUGACAGGAGCUGAAGGCUUAAAAAAACCCUUUUAAUUGGUUUUUGAUUGCUUGCUUCCGUUCAUCAGCUAACUCUGGGUGACAGGGACAGCCCUGGGCUUUUUUGCACCUGGAGUACAAUGGCACUUCUCCCACCCACCAUCCCUCUCUUUCUCUCAAUCUCUCUGUCUUUCCUUUCUGCCUUUUCCUUUCUUGUGUUAAAUGAUGCACAGAGAAGGAGGCUGGAGAAAUGAAAAUUGUUUCCCCUCUGGAAUCUGCUGUCCAAAGGGAACGCGUCAUGAUAUUUCAUCAAAAGGUCAGACCUCCUCAGUGAUAGGUGGUGGCUAUAAAGAACAUUUGGCUUGUUUAGAAAUUAUAUUUGUAUUCAUAACAUGAGGCAAUGCGUAUUGAAAUUUCAAUAUGUUACACAUAUUUUCUUUUAAAAUAAAUAACAUUUUUCUACUCUAAUAUCCUGGAGUUAUUCUCUCUCCCUCCCUCAACCCCAAAUUCAGUAGUCUGACCUUCUGUAUAAAACAUGCCUUUUGCCUUGUUUUAUGCACAUAAUUUAUUUCUAACACUACAGUAUUCUCCCAACAGCUUAUUUAGCCAUUAUAGUGAAAUAGUCUGUGGAAGGGAUGUGUGCUUUGCUACGUUGGGUUAUUUGGUUGGAUUAGCUGCUGGGAUUCAGGCUGACACAUUGUCUCUAUUACUAGCAAAUUUCCAUGUCUUUGGAGGUGAAAGGAGCCCUUUUAUUCUGUAUUUCCCCUGCGCGCUUGUGUCCUUUUAUUUCACAUUCUUUCUAUAAUUGUGUGAGCCAGUGUGUAUUUUCUAAACAAAGCUUUUGUUCAGCUUUGCACAUCAGUUGUUUUGGCUGAACCAAUUUGGUUCAGAUGGUGAGUAAAAUCUUGGGAUCAAGGACAUUAAAUAUUGGGGUGUUGUUAUACGUUCAAAGCAACUCUUGGCCCCAUAUUACAAAAAAACAAUAAAAUCUAAAUCCUACUGAUGGCCUCUAGAGAUUAUUGACCUCCAAAAAAUAAAGGCUAGCGAUGAUAGAAUUUGGAGUUCAACUACAUCUGAACAGCUGCAGGUUCUUCAUCUUUUUGUUUAGGGGGUAAUAUCCAGACUUAGUCAUGUUUACUAAAGACCCAUUGAAAACAGUAAGAUUUAAGUUAGUCAUGACUAACAAGCCCCAAGAAUUUCCCCAAAGGAAUUCAGUGGCAUCAUUUUGCUUUGUGCACGGCAGAUGAUGGGUUGUAGAAUUCCUCAGUUCACCGCCGUCUUUAGCAGAUGCGACGCCAGGGUGCAAAUAUCCACUCAGUGCCCCCAAAUUACCACAGAUGGGGGGGCGCGAAGCUGCGCACUGCCAGCCAUGGGGUGUGUGUGCACAACUCUCCGCCAUGCCGCUGCAGGAGAGCAAUCCCUGCAGAGGUUUGGGAAGGAAGCUGCGCGCCCGCCAGCCAUAUAGGUGACAGGGCUCAGCUGGCGGGCGUGCAGGGAAAGGGAAGGCCACUGGCAAAGCCGUGCAGCUCCCCCACUCGCUGGGGCGCCCCUGAGAGGCCAGCGCCCUGGCGCAACGAACCACUAAGCCCAGUGGGAAAGACGGCUCUGCCUCCAUUUCAGAUGUAACCGUUCUUUGUCUUUCUUUGUUAAUUUUUGCAGCUUCAGUCUAAUCCUAGCGAUAAGGAAGACACAGAAGCCCGCACCCAGCUGAUGAAGUCUGACGAGAUGCAGCGCCUACAUUCGGAAGCACAGUCAGCAUAUCUCACGGGGGAUUAUUACACCGUGAUCGGUCUCUUGGAUGAAAUUCUGAACGUAAGUUUCAGAGGGGAAACGGCUGCCAAGAAAUAAUUGUGGGCGCUGCAGGUGGCAGAUGGGCAGCUCCUCUUAACAAACUCUACCUUGAUAUAACUCAAAAGACUUCAGAUCAGUUCAGCUUGAGGUCAUAGUGAGCAUCUGGCUAAGUGCCUGAAUGGCUGAAAUUUCACCACUGAUUACUGCCUCAACAAAUAAAUUAAGGUUGAUUAUUUAUUUAUUUAUUUGAAUUUAUAUACCGUCCUAUACCCAUAGGUAUCAGGGCGGUUCACAGAAAAGAUCAACAUAAAAACCACAAUAUGUAUAAUUAAAAUAAAAACAACCCAAUAACACCCCCCCAAAAAAGAGCCACAUUUUAAAAAGGCAUAGGAUGUCAAUCAGUUCAACCAAAACUAGUGUGUGUGUGUGUGUGUGUAUAUAUAUAUGCCAGCUGCUGGGAAUCAUUAAUGGGGAAGGUGGUGUUGCGCUCAGAUCCUAUUUUAAGGCUUCCCAUAGGUAUCUUGGUUGACCAGUGAGAGAACAGGAUGCUAGACUAGAUGGACCAUUGGCCUGAUCCAGCAGUGUUUUCUUAUCUUCUGAAAGUGGCCUCUCUCCUGAAAUGUUCACAUCCGCUUCUACAACAGGAAAGAAGAUUACUGCAAUGCGUUGUACGUAGGGCUGCUCUGGUUUGCCAGAAGCGGCUUAGUCAUGCUGGCCACAUGACCCGGAUGCUGUAUGCUGGCUUCCUCGGCCGCAACCCCAGAGUCGGCCACGACUGGACCUAAUGGCCCAGGGGAUACUGCCAGGGAGACAAAGUCCAUCAUGGCCCCAAGCCGUCUGCCGGACGAUCCAUCGAUCUCCCGUAGGCACGCAGUAUCAGCAAUUAGCGACAUGAGUUUCUAGAAGAUUUCUUGCCACAUUCCAGAGCUCAUGCACACUCUAUCAGCAGAUAAUGCACAGCCAAAAGUUGCACUCAGGAGAGCAUUAUUUACAAGUUUAUUCAGCGUUGAUCAGAACACAGAAAAACAUGACUGCCUGCUUUAGUGUGUACGACACAGAGAGAGAAACGAAAGCAACAGAAAACAUAAACAUCCUGUGAACAGGAAAUACGCAGACUCUGUGACUCACAGCCUGCUCCCUUUUAAGGUGGAACGGAAAUAUCCUAACAACCUUUACCUAUACCUGUAGAUCUCAGGGCAGCUCACAACAUAAAAUCACAAUAUAAAAAAUUCAAAAUGCAUAAUAAAGACACAAACAAAGGCAACCCAAUAAUCUCAUAAUGUGUAUAGAAAUGGAUCUUUGCCUCACCAUAGAGGCGGCAUCAAAGUACAUUUAUUGUCCUUUUUGUAAAAAAAAAAAAUGCAACAACAAACGUUUUGGACCAAAGUCUCGCUUUCAUUUUUGGUUUCUCAAGGUUUGUGUUUGGGCUGCAGAGAUGCGGGAGCUUCGAGCCGAAUGUUACAUCAAGGAGGGAGAGCCUGGGAAGGCCCUUAGUGAUUUAAAAGCUGCUGCCAAAUUGAAGAGCGAUAACACCGAAGCAUUUUAUAAGAUCAGCACUAUAUACUAUCAGCUGGGAGACCACGAAAUGUCUUUGAGGUAAGGUUACUAUUAUUACCUGUAAGGGCAAAAAUAAAAAAAGUCUCCUCAGAAGUAAUUGGGUGUGGGUCGUCCCCCCCCCCCAAAUCUGCACAGGUUGGAAAUAUGCUUUGAAUAUAUGGCCCCAGUCCUGACUUACCCUCACAAGUUUACUAUAUUCAGUUAUCAGAACUGCCAAUCAGAUUAAGAGGCUAAUCGUAAGCCAACUAGCCAAUAAAGCUCCAGGAGAAGACAUGAUCCCAAUGGAGAUUUAUAAGAUAAGACCUGAUUUCUGGUCACCCAUUUUUGCAAAACUGUUUUCAUACAUUAACAGCUCAGGUCUCAUACCAGAAGGGUGGAAGCUGAGUAUAAUUGCCCCAAUGUAUAAAAAGGGUGAUAAGAAAAACCCUGCCAAUCAUAGACCCAUUAGUUUGUUAGAUGUAGCCUCUAAACUAUAUGCCAGGCUCCUUCUUGGGAGACUGGAAGAAUGGGCAGAUACAAAUAAGGUGAUAUCUGAAGUCCAGGCAGGUUUCCAAAGAGGAAAAUCCACAUUGGACCAGUGCUUUGUGACAAACUUUCUACUAUGUAAAUACAUCCAUAAUUUGAAGCAAAAAUUAUAUGUCGCUUUUACCGAUCUAAAGUCACCUUUCGAUACGGUCCCAAGACUUGCAUUGUGGCAAAAAUUAGAAAAGACAAAUAUAGACCCCCGUCUGUUAUUUCUUAUCAAAACACUAUAUCCUGACACAUCAAUACAAGUAAAGGUGGAUCUGGCUGGCCAUCUCACCACUAGAAUUAAGACUGGAGUCAAACAGGGAUGCAUUUUGGCGCCUUUCCUGUUUAAUUUUUAUAUUAAUGACAUGGUUAAAGAACUGGAGGGCCUACAGUUUGCCCCUGUCACAAUUCUCGACCAAAAACUCUCAGUCUUAAUGUAUGCUGAUGACCUAGUACUUGUAUCUAGAACCCAGGUGGGCCUGAGACAGCGGCUUGCAAAAUUAAGUUCAUAUUGCACGAGGAAUGCUUUAUCUAUAAACUACAAUAAGACGCAGGUCAUUGAAUUUGGGAAGCACCCUAAAAAGCAUGUUUGGCACCUGGGUGAACAUAUCAUAAACCAAGUUAAUACAUUUAAAUAUCUGGAAUUGAUUUAUUCAGAAAUGGCAUCUUGGAAUAAUACACAGCUAUCCAAUAUUAAAUUGCAAGCCUUUAAAUCAGCAAAAGCUAUUUUGAAAUUCGCUGCUUGUAAAGGUGGAAAUCUGGUUAGCUCAGCUCUAUCUGAAAUAUGCUUUGCCUUGGCAGAAACAAAAUCUCUGCUUGCCAAGGUAUCGUAGGAGCUUGGGAGACACAUAUGUUGGGGAGAAAUAGCUCAGAGAAACGUUUAUUCCUCCCAAGCCUAUGGCGUCCUCAUUGAAAAUCCCCCAGCAACACCCUCCCUUGAAUCUUAUUUUGGGUUUUGGGAUUGGGGUGGUAGAGAAAGAAGGGUUCAAAAUGCUUAAGUGGGGCCUGGGGAAAAUUGGGUGGGCUGUGGCAGGAAGAGUUUUCUCGCAGCUUUUCCCCUUUGGCCUUCACAUCUCGAGGGAGAAGGUUGGAGGAGGAAGAGUGAAGCACCUUUGUCCGCUCCUCUGCCAAUUUUCUUCCAAAAAUGCUUCCUCAAUCUACCAAAUUUAACUUGGAGGAAAGCACAGGGUUCAGAACCCCACCUGUUCCUUAUGAUGCCCAUCUGCAAUUCCUAGUCCUCAGCUGGUGCCUGAGCCUCUGCUUUUAGGCAAGUUGCCUUCUAAAACCAAAAUAUCACUCUCUCUUUGGAGAUCUUUCAGAGGCAUCACAUCCCACGCCAGAAAGCUAAAUUAAACACUUUACCCACAAGGGCUUUUGGGAACCUCAGAAACGGUCUCUCGUAUCCCCGCCCACUUUUAGAACCUCAGAAAACUGUGUGAUGGCAAUCCAGUGCAAAUAAAGCAUAGAGAGAAAAUGAUUAAAAUGAGUUCUUCCCAGAAUGUAAAUUCCAGGGGUUGCCUGCCUGACUAAAUUAGUUAGCUCCAGAGUAGCUUUUAGCUUGAAAAGAACCCUAUAGUAUCCCCAGUGGGAGGAAACAGAUUGUGUCCCACCCCUCUUUUUACAUAUAUACCACAGGCCUUUGAGAAAACCCUUAAUAUCCCAAUUUUUCAGGAGAGGAAAUGAAUCUGAGAGAGUGUAACCUGUGAAGGGACACACACAAAAUGAGUUUAGGAGUAAGAUUUGAAUCCAGGUCUUUAAAAUCUAGCUUGCUGUCCGCAGAAUAAAACUGACUUGCCGCCUCCUUUCUCUUUUUCCCCCCUGUAAAAAGUGAAGUGCGUGAAUGCCUGAAACUUGACCAAGACCAUAAGGAGUGCUUUUCCCACUACAAGAAAGUAAAGAAACUCAAUAAGCAGAUUUUGUCGGCAGAAGAACUCAUCCAAGAAGGCAGGUAAGGUACUAAUUGUUAGGUGCUCUGUGAGGCCGGACGCCACUUCUUGGAUCACACACAAGCAAUGGGCUUACUCUGGGAAACUCAGAGUAAAGACAGAAACUCAGGCCUGUGAUUCUUAUCAUAGUUGGUCGGUGCUAGGAGAUUUUGCUUUUCUAGCUGGGUGGGAACCUUACUAGGCCAAAUCCCAAAUAAAAUGCAUCCAUGCCGUUCACGUUUGUUAGACAACAAAUGCGAACGGCAUGAGCUGUAUUUAUUGGGGAUUUUUUUCUGUGCUGCCUUCUAAUUUCUGGUUUCUUUUUUUCCAUUUUAUUAUAUGUACCGUAUUUUUCUCUCUAUAACACGCAGAUUUUUUCUCCUAAAAAGGAAGGGGAAAUGUCUGUGCGUGUUAUUGAGCGAAUGUGUGGUCCCUGGAGCCGACUGGCGCGAGUGGAGGCAAAAAUCAGGCAAAAAUCAAAUCGCGUUUUGGAGAAGGGAAACCUGAAAAGAGGAAGCGGCUGCUUUCCUGCAUUCUGCCUCAGGGUCUUACUGCCCACCCCGUCUGUUUCGUUGCUGUGUUUGCUCAAACGGAACAAAGAGCAGGGAAAGCCCCUCCCCUCCAGGCAAGCAGAGGGGAAAGGAAAGGAUCGCGUCCUUCCUUCCAAUUCCUCUCCGUGCUCCGGAGAGAACAAUGUUUGUGAAGGGAAGAGAGAUUACAGGUUCAGCUUAAAAUUCUGAUUUGACUUCCUGCUUUUGUUUUUGAGGACACACAGCAUUCAAAUAUGCUUUCUUCCAUUUAAAAGGAUGAAAUCCUUAAACAGUGUUUUGCCUGUAAAUUCAUGCGAUCUGGAAGAUUACAGUGUCUGUACCUCUUAAGGGAUGGCAAAGCUUAGGUUUCGCUGCUAAAUAGUUCUUAAUGCAGUUAAAAUGCUUUCUUCUGUCAAGGCAAUUAAAAAAUAUAUAUAUCAGGCAGCCGGAAAACAUGCAGGUGGGAGAGAGAGAGCGCGAGCUGGCUGGCUUGGGUGGGUGGGUGGGUGGGUGGGGGGAAACUUUUGCCUUCCUUUCCUCCCUCCCGUUAUACCCCUCUCCUGCAUUCUUAGCCAGCUGCUUCUCCGCACACCCCUCUCGUGCUCCUUGUCCCUUCUGUGUUUUUCCUUCCCUCCCCACUUAAAAUGUGGUUACAAAGCAUGGAGCCACAUGGAUCCUCAGGAUCUUUGCAUUGGGUCACCCCAAAUUCACCACCAGAUCACAUAGCAUGUCCAUGGCUACAGCCUGCACCAGGAAAAAUCUUUUUGCCUGGGGCUGCAAUGGUGCAAAAACGUGGUUACAAAGCAUGGAUCCAUAGGGAUUUUCAGGAUUUUUGCAUUGGGUCACCGCAAAUUCACCAUCAGAUCACAUGUCUGUGGCCACAGCAUGAAGCACAAAAAUGAUUCAUCCACCGUUUCAUUCAGAAUGUUUUUUCCCUUGUUUUCCUCCUCUAAAAACGAUGUGCGUGUUAUGGUCAGGUGCGUGUUAUAGAGCGAAAAAUACGGUAUAUUAGAUUUGCAACAGUCUCCCAUCCAGAUUACUAACCUCACCUAGACUAUCCCAGAUUGGCACCUGAGGUGGAAAAUCUCUCAAGCCCCUUUUCCCUUCCCUGGCAGAAAAAAAUGCAGUGAGGAUAGAUUAAAUAAUUAAGCGCUACCCUUUAAUGGCACCCCAAAUUUGCUGCCUGAGGUGCCUGCCUUGCUCUGCUUCAUGGUAUGUUCAGUAAGACUACAGCGUCUGGUGUCCCCAAAACAUUCACUAGGCCCAUCUUCCAUUGGUUUGUUGCUCCAGUUUCUACCUUUCCUACCAUGCUAUCUUUGUUUCUGUUCUAGCUGUUGGCUCCCUCAUCAUACUGAUCUGGUUGUGAUUAGGCUCAUUGCUGGGAUCCCCACCGCAGCCCUGAACAAUGGCUGAAGCAUUGCUCUCUGCAUGUUUGAUGGGCAUUAUGCAGCCUUUCAGAGGGCUCAUAAGAGGGCCAGCACUAAACAUUUCACAGAUAUUGAUUGAAGAAUGUGUGGUGGGUUUUCUGUGGCCACAUAAACACACACACACGGCUUCUGGUGCCAAGAAGUGGGUAAGCCGGCAACUCGCAGUGCUGCAGAAAUGACAAAAGGGGGGGGGGAGCAAAAGCUUCAUUAUCACUCCAGUUGCUGAUAAAUACAAAAAAAUGGGGAAUCGAUUGGCUUUGUGAGUAAUUAGAGAGGUUUACCACACAGCCUCUGUGGAAAGCUUUACGUAGUUAUUCAUCUCCCCAGUAAAUUAAAGUGUCAGGGCUGUUAGUUUUAGCGCUAAAUGCCAUCUCUUAUUUAAAACGGCAUUUUAAUGUCUCAGCGUUUAAAUGUGGAGAUCACAGCGUAUUUGCAAUUAAAAUGCUGCAGCUGCCCAUAAAUAAAUCUUCGUCAGAUUGUUAGCUCUUGGGGGAAACAAGAUCAAACCAAAGCUUCGGAAGACAGGAAAUGUGCUGCGCACAGAAUGUGCUCCAAAUGCCACGGUGCUCUGUAACCCACUCGUAGCAAAGGUAAAUGAAUGCCAAACCUCGGGGGAGGCAAGGCCUGGUUCGCUUGCAGUGCUGUGCCAGUUUAGUGCUACGCAAAUGAGACUGGGCAGUCUUUCUUGCCCUUUACUCUACCAUGGCUGAAAGCCCCCAGCCCCCAGUUUAAACUAACCACCGUUUGCCGUCUGCUGUAAAUAGGUACCAAGAUGCCAUUGAUAAAUACGAGACUGUGAUGAAAACUGAGUCCGAAGUUCCCGUUUACACCACUCGAGCCAAAGAGAGAAUCUGCCACUGCUUCUCAAAGGUAAAUGUUUAGUUUCAUCUUUUUUGUUGCUGUUGUCGGAAAUGAAUGCAAGCACUGACCCGGUUGGUCCCUCUUCCCUUUUCAGAACCAGCAGUCGGCCGACGCCAUCAAGCUCUGCACAGAAGUUUUGCAGCUGGAACCAGAUAACGUAAAUGCUCUCAAAGACAGGGCUGAAGCGUAUUUGCUGGAAGAGCAAUAUGAGGAAGGUAAAAAUUCAAGGACAGCGGGUGGUUUUAUACAGAAAUUGGCAGCAUGGGGCAGUCUAGCUGUUCCCUUUGCUACCAUGCAAAAUCAGUCCCGUUGGAAAACGGAUUAAGAGUGACUGGUGUGCAUUUAUUCACAUUCUUAAUUUUGAACAGUCAAGUCGCCGUAGUAGUGUGCUCAGUGCAUUAUUUGUAGGCUAACUAUUCCUCUCUAAACUUUGCAGCAGAAGCCAACUCUGAACAGUGUGGAUUCUCUGGGGUUUGAGCUGCUACUGCUGUUGUUCACGAAGUUACCUUUGUCUGAUAAAGUAUGCAAGGUAGCAAGCCUUGUUGCCAAGCCUGCCUCCCCCUUUCUGCCCCCAGAGUGCUUUGCAACUAGUUUUUCCUGCUUAAAAAAAGCACACACAGUGUCAAUAUAUAUAUAUAUAUUGUUAAAAAAAAGAAAAAAGCAGCCCAUUUGAGGCAGGGGAUGAGAGGCAGGUAAGGCAGUCAACUCCACCAUUUUUCUUGUUGCUGAUUGGUAUUUAUGUCCAACGCAGCAGUGAGGGGGAAGGGAGAAAAUAAAACUCUAGGAAGCCUUGUUUUAAAGUAUGUUUGAGUGCUCUUGCCGUCCUAUCUGUUUAACAAUACUUGAGAACAUUGGCAAAGUGCUAAAUCUACACAUUGUAGACAGGAGCAUUGUCUUCAUCAAGUAAUCUUCACCAGUGGAGACUUGAGGAUUUUAUCAUCAAGAUCAUGGCAGGGCGUGCAAGGUUUCUUAUUCUAACCCUGGGUUGUAUCUUUCCUUACAUGCAACUACUAAGAGAGGCAUGCUCUGCCCGACUGGUACAAUACAAACCCUUGAGUUUGUUUGGAGGUUCUAGCAGGGGAGCGGUCAGUUGCAAAGGUGAUUCGGACAUUUAACUGGCACAUUCUACCUGAGAACCCCCUGCUAUUCUAUCAUAUGCAACAAAUAAGUUCUAGGAAAUGUGACCGUGGUUUAUUGUAUUUGCAGUGCCUGAUGUUUUUAUGGUUUUUAUGGUUAUUGUUGUUUCUCUUUUUGUUCCCUUUGUGAAUGAUGCCAUGGCCUUUGGCUAGCGCAAUAAAGUUUAUGAUGAUGAUGAUGAAUAUGAUGAUGAUACGAACCCUAAAUCAGUCACUUUAUUUUGCUUAAGUGGGUUUGGUGGCACUUCAUGCUUUCCCCCUUUUUAUCCUGACAAUGUUUCUCCGAGGUGGAUUCAGGGUAAGAGAUAGCAACUGUCCCAAGAUAACUUGAUGAAUUUCAUUACAGAACGAAGAUUUGAACCCAGUCCAUCACUUUUAUCUGUUUCAUGACACCGGCUUUCCCUUUGCCAGUAUGUAACCUGCAUUCAAGUAUCUUCACUCCAUUAGCCGUGGUGUGUUGUAGUUGCCCACGGCAAUGAACGAAAAAGGCAAACUUUCAGCAGGCAUUCUUUCAUUCAUUGUGAGAUUUUAUAAUACGUGCUUUAAAAGGAUGGGUGAGGUUGUCCGGCAUUUAACAUUACCAGAGCAAUAAAGCUGCAAGAUGGGGGAGGAAAUCUCAGGAGCUUCACUUUCCAACUCUGACGUAGCCGUAGAGUUUUUACGAUGGGCCUGAAUAGCAGUUUCCUGCUGCUUUUCUAAGUGAACGGCCAAAGUGUUAAGAAAUGACAGUGGCAGGCAGAGAACUCUAGUGGCAAAUCGCAGUAGGCUGGCUUAGUGAGAAUGAAAAAGAGUAAUCAGAUUUGCGCUUUGUUGGUGGAUGGAUGUUUUAAAUCGCUGGGGCAUCAGAACUACUUUUCCCCCUUUUGUUCUUCUUCGAAAGGGAAUUGCGUGCAGCCACUGAGUGUCUUAAGUGAUAUAAAUUGGUCACCGUCUCCUGCCGGCUUGCCCAGAAACAGCAGAAAGAUAAAUGUAAUGCCUACUGAGAGAGAACAGCUGCUGGAAGAUAAUCUGAUGCAAAUGCUUUGUCUUACUUAGAAAACUAAAGUCUUGAGAUCCACAAUGAGACUUUCUGAGAUUAAAAAUGGAGAAACCGAAAAGGAAAAGGCUCAUUAUGUAGGAAAUGCAAAACUGUGAAGGACACUAAAACGAAAGCUGAAGCGUUCCAUUUAGUAGUAAAUGACAUUCAUAUUUUUACAAAAACACACCUUCUGUAGUGUCCGCACAAUGGUUUUGUGUGUGGAUUGCUCCAGUGAUUGACUCAAAGUGGUGGUGGUUUCUAAUACCUGUACUCAGUAUGGUUUUAACUUCCUCAUCUUGUUCCAACGCUUGGAUUUCUGAAGAACCAUUGAUAGGAAGGACUGAGGGGUUUUUAUAAGAGAAUGAAUAGGAGAUAUUGGAAGAGAAGGACAAUUAAUGCAGAGCAGGUGGAGCAGAGAGCUAAGUGAGGAAAAGAUCAUAUUUCCGUGCAAUUGGCAUUGCUAGUACUGUAUUUUCAGCUUUUAUAGAACAGUACCAACCAGAUGAUCAAAUCUCAGUUUAAUAAUCUGAGAUAGGCAUGAGGUUUAGGCACCUGUAUGCAGCCGCUUUGCCACGCCUUUCACACAAAUGAACAACCUAAAGGUAAAGGGACCCCUGGCCAUUAGGUCCAGUCAUGACCGACUCUGGGGUUGCGGCACUCAUCUCGCUUUAUUGGCCGAGGGAGCCGGCGUACAGCUUCUGGCUCAUGUGGCCAGCAUGACUAAGCCGCUUCUGGCGAACCAGAGCAGCACACGGAAACGCUGUUUACCUUCCCGCCGGAGUGGUACCUAUUUAUCUACUUGCACUGGUGUGCUUUCGAACUGCUAGGUUGGCAGGAGCAGGGACCAAGCAACGGGAGUUCACCCCGUCGCGGGGAUUCAAACCGCCAACCUUCUGAUUGGCAAAUCCUAGGCUCUGUGGUUUGACCCACAGCACCACCGGCUAGGAACCUGCAAUUAUCCAGAGCUACUCAUUGCAUCCAAACUGAGAAACGAUGGUUAAUGGCUUCCAAACAACAAAAAUAUGAAACUGUGGUUUAAAGCUGGUAUCCUAGCACAAAUAUAAUGAGGAGCCAUGACCACUCCUUUUCCUAAGGUGCAAAUAACUAGACAACACGCGGCAUAUUGGUUUUGGGAUCAAAUAAGGCCACAACUUUAUUGGUUACAGAUGUGAAGGUUUGGCCAUAGGCAUUGAGAUAAGCAACUGCGUAUGUCACUCCUGCCCAUCCAGGAGUGAAGCCAGCGGGACAGGUGGGGACACCCUAUGACCUACAUCAAAUUGGGGCAUCCCCCUAGUGGUCCCCAUUGGAGGAGUGGUAUGGCCCUAGGCUCCGUCUGAGCAUCGGACAGGAUCCACUCCUCCCGGAUCCUUUUAACAGGAUAACCUUACCCAUGGAAGGGCAGGCAGAGGUUACAACCUCCCCUCCAACCAAGACUAGGCUUACUCAAUGCCUGUACGCCUUACAGAGUUGUGACAAUUGCUAUGAGGUAGGUGAAAACCCACAUGGUGGAGCCAGUUUGCCAGAUGUGAAAAAAUCUUGCCCGGCCCCUAAAUCCAGCAUCUGACAUUGUCCAAAGCAAGGUCGUACCAUCGGCAAAAAAUCUGAGGAAGGGUGGAUGGGAGAACCAGUGGAGUGAGUGAGUGAGUGAGUGAGAAAGAGAGAGGGUGAAAGGCCCUGUAGGCUGGGCAUUUAUCCUUGCCCUGAGCGCAGUGCCAAGCGCCGCUACUGGUCAGUUGGCAUUGCGCCCAAGGGAACGCCCCCUAAAUUCCUCCCCCGAUUGGCCAAUUCGGCGGCCGGAUGAUGAUCCAGCCUGCAAUAGGCUGGUUCACAGGGGAGGCCCAGGGCCUGCCCGCAAAGCUGCCCGCCUGAGGAGGGAAAACAGAUUUAUUUAAUUUUUUGCUGCUUGUGCAAAGGGAAGAGUGUUAUUUUGGCUUAUUUAGCUGAGACUCGAUUUUCCGAACAAAACCAGUGAAUAAGUUAAAAUGUGAAAUUGAGCCCUCUCUGCUGAAGAUUAAUUGUUGCAAGAUCAUUAAGUGUAUGUGUGUCCUUGUUUAUUAUGUGUAGCUAUUCAAGACUAUGAAACUGCUAAGGACCACAGUGACAGUGACCAACAGAUUUUGGAAGGCUUAGAGAAAGCCCAGCGGCUACUCAAGCAAUCUCAGAAGAGAGAUUACUACAAAAUUUUAGGAGUAAAAAGGUGAGUACUUGAUAGUCUAUAAGUUUAUACAUAUUACUUCUUGCCCAUUGUAUCUUGCCUUUUCUCCAGGUCAUCAUAACAUCACACCCCCCUUUUACAAGUCUUUCAUGUGCUCAAAGCUGUCCUGUGAACAUCCUUGCUAUGCAUAUUACAUGUGGCAUUUAUAGAAUUAUAGUUCCUGAAGGGAGCAGAACAUCCUUUGAGGAUGGAGUCGUUGGGUUGUAGUCAACAUAGCACUAAUGCAAGCAUUUGCGCAGUCAAAGGAUUUAUCCUUGGACAAUGGAGCAUUCUCUGCCUCUCCUCCCACUGCUUGCUGCCCAAAUCUAUUGUGGGGUUUUCUCCAGGCCUCUGGAGCAGAUUUAGGGAUGGCGAUGAACAAGAGGAGCAGGAGAAGAGGGAUCCCAUUGCAGUAACACUAAUCCUUGUGCUAGUGCAAGAAUUUGGUUGAGUACCACCCAUCGUUCUCUAUAUCUCACUCGUUAUAAACCAGUUAGGCAAUAUAGAGCACAGUUCUUGCAAGGAGACAGCAGGAAAAGCACCAUUGCAACAUUCCAAAAGUGACUGUGGAACAAGGAUUGUGGUUUAUCUUUGAGUGGUUUCAGGCAUUAUGCAAUACAUUGGAGAUGAGAAGAACAAGUAACUCCCAUUUCCCUUUCUUCGUGUUUCUUUAAAAUGGCCGAAGUCCAAACUGUACCAUUUCACCAGGAGUGGGUGUCCCAUGCAGGGCUCACCUCCUAUGUGGGUAGAACAAACAUUUCCAGGUGGCACUUCAGAAAGAAACAUCAGUCCCAUGCGCUGCCCCUUCCAGUCUGUCUUGUGCACUCCCUUAUAUAUGUUCAGAGCCACGCUUGAGAGUCACUUCAUAGGCGAGUGGGAAAUACAGUCACUGGCUUCAUUUACUUGCCAUUUUCUCAGUCUCAAGCAUGGACCUCUUGUCACUUAGCUCGUUCUGUGGAUUUAGACGGUGCCUCAGUGCUCCUGUAAUCCAGCCCCCUGCCGAUCCAAGAAAUCCACUACUACAGCAUCCCUGAUGGGGGCGAAAGGGCUGUAGCUCCAUGGCAGAGCAUCCCAGAUCCAUUCUCCAGCAUCACCAGAUAGGACUGGGGGAGACACCCUCUCUGAAACCCUGGAGAGCAGCUGCGUUGACAGCAAUAAACUAGAUGGACCUGUAGUCUGACUGAGUAUAAAGCAGCUUCCUGGGACCAUAGAACAUUGGCCCUAAAGGAUCUUCACCCAGCUCCCAGUACAUUUCCAAGCACAGUUCAAAAUGCUGGUGCUGAGCUUUAAAGCCCUAAACAGCUUUGGCCCUGUAUAUCUGAAGGAGCGUCUCCAUCCCCAUCAUUCAGCCCGGACACCGAGGUCCAGCUCCGAGGGCCGUUUGGUGGUUCCCUCAUUGUGAGAGUGAGUUACAGGGAACCAGGCAGACGGCCAUCUCAGUAGUGAUGCCUGCCCUGUUGUACGAUCUUUUGUAGACAUCUGAAGGCAGCCCUGUGUCAGGAUGCUUUUAACGUGUGAUGUUCUGUUGUGUUGUUCUGUUUCUGUAUAAUAUGUUGGAAGCCACCCAGAGCAGCUGGGGCAACGCAGCAAGAUUGGUGAGGUACAAGAAACUUCCUUUUAUUAUUCCUGUGUUCAUCCAGUUCAUCCAUAUUCUGUGUGAGUCUGUUCCACUGUCACAGCCCAUGAGGAAGUCCUCCUGAAUGUUUAAUCCUAAAACUGUGUACUUUUCCCUGUUGGUAGACCAUCUUUUAUGCAGACCAAAAUGAAUGGUUAUUUCUUUAUUCCAAAUAAAACUUUCUUUCUCUUCCCCCCCGCCCGCAACAAUACUUUAGAGACUUCUUCAACCUCCUAAGGAAAGUACGUAGUUUUUUAUUUGUUUGGCCAGAAGCCAUAACAAAACUAAAAUAUCAAUACAAAAUAUAAUCCAAAAGAACCAACAACACGCACGUACUGGAGAGAACCGUGAUUAGAUAAGCUCUGGCCUCCAAAGGGGUACACUGCGUCCUAAAGCAAUGUUAAUUUUGAGCGGAGAGCAAAUUCAUUUGAACAGGCAGCACCAAAAAGCCUCAUUAGCUAAAGGCUGGAUGAAGUAUUAAGCAAAGAACAAAGCCAGUGUUACAGAAAAGCAAAUAGCCGUGGAAGGAAAAAAAGAAUGAUAUAAAAGACCAAGGGCUGAAACAACUUGGAAAGUAAGGGAGGCGAUUUCUCAGAAGUGUCUUCUAGAAAUACCAGUCUCCUGUGUCCAAAAUCAUGUCUUUAAAAGGGUAGAUUUAAGAGCAUAGCAACAAGUGUUGGGCAGGAAGGCUUUCUCCCACCUCACCCGACGUGCUUUGGUGCAGAGUUGCUCUUCGCUCUCUGCCUGUCCUCAGCUGACCACUUUUCACUUUUAGCAAAAGCUGCUGUGUGGGGUCCCCAGUCUGAAUUAUGCUUCCUCCCCUGUGCAGUUUACUGCAGACAGCACCCCUCGAGGAAGCAAAUUGCAGCUGGAAGCAGGGAGAGACUUUUGACAAGAAGCUGGUUUUGACAAGAAGCAGUUGUCGCUCUGCACAACUGCUUUUCCUUCAGAUGAAAAGUAACCGGAUUAUGGCACACUUUUAAAAAAGGAGGUUUAACAAAAGGAGGAGCUUGGCCUUUAGAAUGGGAACUAGGUUGCAUUAGCAAAAAUAAAAUGUUGCAGUGGAUCUGUAGGUGCUUCUUACAUUGUCGCUCUACUGCAGGGGUGGGAACCUUUUUGGCUCUGCCGGCCAGAUUUUUGUCAGGAACUAGCCUCAUGGGCUGCCCACCUGGCAGUCGCAUGACAUCAUAAAGACAUCAGGUGGCUGUUAGGGCUUCAAAGCACAGCCAGGCAUCUGAUCGUGCAGCCAAUCAACAGCUCUAGUGCCCAUCAGCAAUUUUAUGUUUUGUUUUUGUUUUUCCAGACAACUUUAUUGAAAGUUCAAAAAAUACAUGAUGAUAUGCUCACUAAACAUGAUGAGACGUAAAUAAACAGCACCCGUGUAGAAGGGAAAAUAAAGGGGGGAGGGGGGAACCCCAAACUGUAUACUGUAUUUUACAAAGUUGUUAUUGUAAUUCACCGGAUCUUAACCUAUUACAGUAUUUGUAAGAAUGGAAUUCUUUGAAUUUGUCCAUGGCAAGUCUGUGUUUAUAUGCAAGUUGUAUAAGUAUGUAUAUGUCUUCAAUCCAAUCGUAGAAGGGAGCCACAUUUUUAUUUCUCCAAUUCAUCAGUAUCAGUCUUUUUGCUGUGGUAAGGGCACAGAGAGUCCACUUGUAUUGUCCUUUUGUGAGGUUCCAUGUGCUGGGUGUAUAAUUCAAAAGGGUAUCUUGCUCUGUAAAUGUAAGGUUGUUCCGUACAGUUCUGUUGAUAGUUUCAGUUACCUUCUGCCAAAAACCUUUCAAUAUGGCAAUUUUUAUGUUGUGGACCACCCUGAAACCUAUGGGUAUAGGUCAGUAUGCAAAUAUAUCAUCAUCGUCAGAUGAUGAUGAUGAUGAUGGGUGUAAAGCCAAAGUCUGCUUGCCCUUGCCAGUGAGCAGUUGGAAGCACCAUUUAAGCCUCCUGAUGGUACAUCUCUACCUGCCCAUCUCCAGGUGUGGGGCAGGUGAAAAUGGAUGGAGGGAAGCCAUGCAGGCCAAGUUUGGUCUAUAGGCUAGAGGUUCCCCACCUGCAGCUCUAGGGUGAAGGAUGUGGUCAGGCUGCCCCUCUAUGUCUACAGUGACCCAGAAGCUCCUUGGCUUUCUUGCUCCUGCUUUUCAGCCUCCUCAUGAAGGGACAAACACAUUAUUGUGUGGUCAGCCAGUGUGGUGUAGUGGUUAAGAGCGGUGGACUCGUAAUCUGGGGAACCAGGUUUGAGUCUCCGCUCCUCCACAUGCAGCUGCUGGGUGACCUUGGGCCAGUCACACUUCUUUGAAGUCUCUCAGCCCCACUCACCUCACAGAGUGUUUGUUGUGGGGGAGGAAGGGAAAGGAGAAUGUUAGCCGCUUUGAGACUCCUUAAAGGGAGUGAAAGGCGGGAUAUCAAAUCCAAACUCCUCUUCUUCUUCUUCUUCUUCUUAUUGGAUGCCUGGUUAACGUUUAUGGCAACCUAUGUAAGAAACAAGCAGACUUAGAUUAACGUUGCUCAGAAUUCAAAGUAAGUGUUCCACGUGGCCCCAAAUCCAAAGAACACUGGUAACGUUCAAAAGGUAAUGACUUUGUAGGAGUUAUCAGAAAGUUUUGGGCUGCGAUGCCCUCUCUGCAGAUGCUGACUGAUGAAAAUGCCCUGAAGAAAUACUUUGGGUUUGUUUGAAAUAGACUAUGUCUAUAGAUUGAGCACAGUUGGAUGUUACCCUUAUUUCCCACUCCCCAUAAUAUAUCCCUUUUUGUCUAGUGCAGGUCUCACGUUUGUUUUUUCUCUACUGUGCAUAACCAGAGAAACUGUCUCUUAAAGAAAAAUCCCAAAAGAAUUCAUGCUAGGGUUAUUAGCAUUCUCGAGUCCUAUUGAAGUAUUCAAGUAACAUGCAAAGGGGUGGAAAAUUGUAGAGGCAUGAGAGGCACUUGCACUGCCUAGGUCUGAAGGGGGCUUCUAAGUGCAUUCAGAUGGAUGCAUUUAAGAUACCUCUGAACGAUCAGCUACCCUGAUAAUAACAGAAGGUGCUUGAUCCUGCAGAGGCAUCCAAUCCUUUGUUUAGCUGAAUGCAUUUAGAAAGCCCCUUCAAACCUUCCCACUCAAUAUGGAAAUGUCUCCUAUGGGGAUGUUGGGGUUGGAGCUUACUGCUCUUCCCGUGAUCCCUUUGAAAGAUUGGAGAGGGCUUUAGGUGCUGGCAAAGGUGUCCCGUUUCUGUGUGUGCGUGUGUUUCAAGACUUGGCUUGAUGUGAAGACAGUUGGAGAACUGAUUCUUCCCACCCUCUCUGCAGGAAUGCGAGAAAACAAGAAAUCGUCAAAGCAUACCGAAAGCUAGCAAUGCAGUGGCACCCAGAUAAUUUCCAGGACGAGGAAGAGAAGAAGAAAGCAGAGAAGAAGUUUAUUGAUAUUGCAGCUGCCAAAGAAGUCCUCACUGAUCCAGGUAUGUGGGCUUGCAGCUUGUUUUGGGACUAGUUCGUUCUCAAAACGAUAGACCCACACAGCCAACAUGUUUUGCUUUUCAUCUCUAUUUCAAAAGCAGGAGUUCUCUUCAUUGCGGACGCGUAGCCAAUGCGGCCGUGUCCAGGCCCCCAGCUAGCACAAUGGUGAUGGAUUCUGGCAGCUGGCAUGUGGAUGGCACCAGGCUGGCUACCUCGGGUUUCUUAAUCAUGCUCCACUUGUGAAAACCACUGAUUACCUGAUAUUUAGGGCCUACUGGGAUGGAAGGCAUGCCAUGGCUACCCACCCAUUGAAAUUCUAGUGGUCUACCAUGUUUAUGGGACGCGGGUGGCGCUGUGGGUUAAACCACAGAGCCUAGGACUUGCUGAUCAGAAGGUCGGCGGUUCGAAUCCCUGCGACGGGGUGAGCUCCGUUGCUCGGUCCCUGCUCCUGCCAACCUAGCAGUUCGAAAGCACAUCAAAGUGCAAGUAGAUAAAUAAGUACCGCUCCAGCGGGAAGGUAAACGGCAUUUCUGUGUACUGCUCUGGUUUGCCAGAAGCGGCUUAGUCAUGCUGGCCACAUGACCCGGAAGCUGUACGCUGGCUCCCUCGGCCAAUAAUGCAAGAUGAGUGCUGCAACCCCAGAGUCGGUCACGACUGGACCUAAUGGUCAGGGGUCCCUUUACCCUUUACCUUUACCAUGUUUAUGAAAUAUCCUAGAGCCCGGUUGGAUGAUGUGUCCAGUUCUACAGACCUCAUUGCCACGUGUGUGUCUUUUCAGAGAUGCGGAGGAAGUUUGACGCAGGGGAAGACCCGCUGGAUGCAGAAAGCCAGCAAGGAGGAGGAAACCACUUCCACAGAGGCUGGAAUACGUGGCAAGGGUUUGACCCGUUCAGUUCUGGAGGACCUUUUAAAUUUAAAUUCCACUUCAAUUAGAAACAACCCCACCGCCUUCCUUUUUUGUUUCUAGGACUCUCUUUAUUUCUAUUUCUAGACAAUUUCAAUUAGGAGUUUCGUUCCUUGAACUUAAAUAAAUGCCAGCUUUUCAGUGAUAGGCAAAGAGUAAGCAAGUCCACAGUGGCGAGCGAAACAACAGUUAUGUUAGUACUGGUUAUUUUUGUACUUUUGGGUGUUAGAUCUCUAAAGAGGUGGAAGGCUGGACCCGUUCUUCUGAAGUGGGUUGAGACACAUUAACACCAGAGAAGCAAUUGUUUCCCCAAAGCACUUUAAUUUUUCUUCUUCUUUUUUACUAAACUCUUCAUGACCUUUGGAACGCGAUGGGAUACUUUAUGCUUUCUCGUCGCUACAGGGAGAAAAGCAAUCUAGUUUUCAUUUCUGCUAAGAGGAAAAGUUUGUUUUCUUGGGAGACAUCGGAGGAGCUUCUCCAUCACUUCUGCACGCUGUUGGCACCUCUGAGGCACUCUGUAAACAUAGCUCAGGUUAUGACAAAGCCUGCCUCUUCAAAGCAGGAUAUGGAUUGGCCUGAGUAUAGAUAGUAUAACUGUCCCCAUACUACUUUUCAGGAGGAUUUUAUGCAACAUGCAAGUCCUCUAAAAAGCCACUCUAGUGCUUAAGAUAAUUCCCCAGAGAAGCAUCAUCACUAGGACUCUUUACUUAUCCAAUAUAGGAUGACUGCAGCUGGCUUGUGGGCUUUUUCUAACUUAUUUUUACAAGGGCAAUUUUCUCGUUUGGAUUAAAACCUCUUUUCUUUUUAUGGUUGCUUCAAAAAGAUACUUAAAUAGAAUGAUAUUCUUAGUUGGUGUUAAUUAAAUAGAUCCAUUUUGAGCUUUUCCCUCAACAUAUGCUUGACAUUUGAGCAGAACGACUGAGACAUUGCCCCAAAUGUGCAGAACUAGUUCUGAUCUUAGAUUUUUAAUUUUUUUUCUUAAAAAGGAAAAACGGAAAGAGAUGUGCAAUGUAAGGAAACUGUCAAGAUUACAGUGUUGGGAUGAGGAUAUCAACAGUGUUUUACAAUUUGAUGAAAAUGUGACCCCUCCAAAUGGCAGUUUUUAGUGCUUCAUUGCCUUAACUAAUGCAUAUAACCAAGAAGCAUUUGGGGUACAUACGUUAUAUCGGAAGAAGGCACUCUUUCAUUCUGUUAAACCACUGAACUACUUGAUGUCAUAGGAAACCAAAGCUGACUUCCAUCUUAGCUUUGCUGCAGGAACUGGGAGACUUCUGAUAGCCUUAAAUUUAGCAGUACUCUGAUACUUGUGAAAUGCAUUCAAAACAGCAUUUAGAGUCCUUUCAUAAUGAGAUGAUGGACCUGCAAAAGUGGCUUUCAGAAAAAUCUAGCCUCUCUCCAGAAGGCAAUUUUUGAGCAUUAAGAAAUGACUUUAGUGCAUUUUGGGCUCAGAGCAGCCUAGUUAAAUAUUUCACCACCUUCUCACUCCAGCUCUCGAGUCAAAAGUUCAAGAGUAACUCCGCUAAUGUUGUAGUCUACAGUACUACUGGUAUUCAAUAAUCCACAAACCCCAUACCAGUUCUUGCAAGUGAGAGCUAUGCAUGGAGUAAGUUCUGCAUAUAUUUUCUUUUGCUAGAUUUGCUGUUACCAAGCCAUGUCAAUUGUGGAGUACAAGUAUGUCCAGUUCGGGUCAAGCGCAUUCUCUUUCACACAUCCCAAAACAGCAGAUAAGUACUGAAUGGUUGAAGUGCUCCUAUGGCUUCUUAAUUUAUAACGUUUUCUGGCAUAGGACAGAUUUUUGGAAUAGUUUCUGUGAGCACAUGCAUCUGAACUGCACAUCAGAUCUUGCUCUCAGUAAUCUUCCUAAGUAAUGUAACCAGUGCCAACCUAAUGCUUUUCCUGCGUCCAAGGGAAGUAUGUCAAAAGUGUGGCCAAAGGCAGCUCUUAUGCAUUUAUGCUGAACAGUAAUUUAAAUAAUUCCUUUUUUAGGCCUAUUGUUUGAAAUGGGGAAGGGCUCCUGAGAGGCCCUUGCUUUUAUUUGUGUGUAUUUCAGUUGUUUUGGGCUAUCCCUGGGUUUUUUGAGAGCUACUAGCAUUGCUCUUGGGUGAAGUGCAAUUAGGGCCUGCAAAUUUGAUUGAACAAGAGUACCUCAGUGCAGGAUUUAUAGUGAAAAAAGACCAGCCAGUAUCAGUUAGCAUAUAUACCAUUGCAGUGUGGGUGCACUUUGGAAAUGUCUUGGAAUAAAGCUCUAUUUUUUAAAAACAUUAUGAAAGCCAAGAAGGUGUUUUGAAGAUAAAGAUGCAAACUAUUCAAGAAAGAUUUUGAUUAAAGCUGUGUCUAAGUUA